AUGCAUGGACGGGCUUCUGUAGCAGAUGUGAUGGAGACAAGGCUGAUGGAAAUUGAUGAUGUGAUGGUGAGGAACUUAGAUUUGUGUAGGGAUAGUAAAAUAUGGGGAUGGGCAUUUGAAAUGUUUUCAGUAUUCGAAUAAUAUCAUAUUUAUUUGGAUAUCCGGAUCGUUGAAAUACAUAUUUUUUUACAACCAAAUCUUAUUUUUUUGAUGUAAAUGGCAUGUUAUAGAAAGGUCCAGACACCUUUUUUGUGAUUUCACGUUUUAGAGAAACUUACCCCAAAAAGGCAAACAACUUCCUCAUCCUCGUUGUGUAGUAUGGGGGCCCUGAAAAAAAUAUGAUCAAAGGCUCCAAAAACACCCUAAUACAUCCUUCUGGAAACGGUAAAGCACUCAGUAAAAUGAUGCAGGUCUUUAGAUAUUGUACACAUGAAAUUGUGUCAUUCCGAACUGCAAUGUUAUAUACCAUUUUGUUGCGACUAGCUAGCUAAAGUAGCAAUUCUAAAACUCCAUUCAUAUGAUUUAGCAAACUUAAUUCCGUCAUUUUAAUUCCAUUUUGCUAGAGUUGCACGGUAUACCAGUACCACGGGAAUAUCAUGGUAACAAAACAUCAUGAUACUUAUAAUACCAACAUUUUAGAAUACCGUAGUACCGUUUCAUAUGAUACUACCAGCUUUUUCAGCCCUACCAAUCCUAAAGAACCUGCUGGCUUUUGUUAUAAAAUGUUUAUAAAGUCAGUUUUGUUUAUAGAUUAAGUUGAAUUUAACCAACAGCCACUAUUCUCUUGAAUGCGCAGGUCCAAUAAUAUCAACUUCACUUUCAUGCGCAUAUCACUUGUGGCAGCUGUAAUCAGCCAGCCGCAUACCCUACCAGCCCUUACCUGCUUCUCUCCGUCCACUUUUCACGUGCGUCUAUUCCUCCGUCAGUUAAAAAUAUAUAUAAUUUAGCCGUGAUGGCGAACGAGGAUGCAGACUCAGACCCUGAACAGUCUUCAGUAGAUUUGGACAUUUGUUACAUUGGAGCAGUGCACAAAGCGAGCAAUGUUGAUACAUUGUUUAAUUUCAUCACCUGUUAUAACCAAGAGCACAGACCAGUCUGAGUAGACUUUGCAAGUCCAUGGUCAUGCAGCCUCUCAGUGACGGAGAGGGAAAAUGGAGCACCACUUUGCGACAGGCAUGCUUGCAGCUUUACAGCAAAGAAUGUCUUGUCUCUAGCCUAAACGGUGAAAGAAAUAUGACCCAUAUUACCGGAGAUGCCAUUUUUUUUAAAUCGGGAUUCGCGUGCAUUUUAUAUAAUUUAACAAACAAAGUCGCAGGCCGUUUUUUAAGUAAUCCUGGGUCGCUAAUUAUUAGUUUGAUAACAAACAACGUUGUUCAGUCAUGUUACCUAGCUAGCUAACAACCUGGUAACUUGACAGUAGGUUUAGGCUAAUUUGAUUGGCACUCAUGAGAUGUGCUUCAAAAGGUAUGAUUCAUAUAGGCCAAAAUAUAAACGCAACAUGUAAAAUUGAUUAAAUUAAGUGUUUUCCUCAUCAGUCUACACACAAUACCCCAUAAUGACAAAGCGAAAACAGGUUUUAUGACAUCUUUGCAAAUGUAUUACAAAUAAAAAACAGAAAUAACUUAUUUACAUAAGUAUUCAGACCCUUUGCUAUGAGACUCGAAAUUGAGCUCAGGUGCAUCCUGUUUCCAUUGAUCAUCCUUGAGAUGUUUCUAGAACUUGAUUGGUGUCCACCUGUGGUAAAUUCAAUUGAUUGGACAUGAUUUGGAAAGGCACACACCUGUCUAUAUAAGGUCCCACAGUUGACAGUGCAUGUCAGAGCAAAAACCAAGCCAUGAGGUGGAAGGAAUUGUCCGUAGAGCUCCGAGACAGGAUUGUGUCGAGGCACAGAUCUGGGGAAGGGUACCAAAACAAUUCUGCAGCAUUGAAGGUCCCCAAAAACACAGUGGCCUCCAUCUUCUUAAAUGGAAGAAGUUUGGAACCACCAAGACUCUUCCUAGAGCUGGCUUCCCAGCCAAACUGAGCAAUCGGGGGAGAGGGGCCAUGGUCAGGGUGAUGACCAAGAACCCGAUGGUCACUCUGACAGAGCUCCAGAGUUCCUCUGUGGAGAUGGGAGAACCUUCCAGAAGGACAACCAUCUCUGCAGCACUUCACCAAUCAGGCCUUUAUGGUAGAGUGGCCAGACGGAGCCACUCCUCAGUAAAAGGCACUUGACAGCCCGCUUGGAAUUUGCCAAAAGGCACCUAAAGGACUCUGACCAUGAGAAACAAGAUUCUCUGGUCUGAUGAAACCAAGAUUGAACUCUUUGUCAAAUCAAAUCAAAUUGUAUUGGUCACAUGCGCCGAAUACAACAGGUGCAGACAUUACAGUGAAAUGCUUACUUACAGCCCUUAACCAACAGUGCAUUUAUUUUAAACAAAAAAAGUAAAAAUAAAACAACAACAAAAAAAGUGUUGAGAAAAAAAAGAGCAGAAGUAAAAUAAAGUGACAGUAGGGAGGCUAUAUAUACAGGGGGGUACCGUUGCAGAGUCAAUGUGCGGGGGCACCGGCUAGUUGAGGUAGUUGAGGUAGUUGAGGUAAUAUGUACAUGUGUCCUGAAUGCUAAGUGUCACGUAUGGAGGAAACCUGGCACCAUCCCUACGGUGAAGUAUGGUGGUGGCAGCAGGGACUGGGAGACUAGUUAGGAUCGAGGGAAAGAAGAACAGAGCAAAGUACAAAGAGAUCCUUGAUGAAAACCUGCUCAGAACCUCAGACUGGGGCAAAGGUUCACCUUCCAACAGGACAAUGACCCUAAGCACAAAGCCAAGACAACGCAGGAGUGGCUUUGGGACUAGUCUCUGAAUGUCCUUGAGUGGCUCAGCCAGAGCCCGGACUUGAACCCGAUCGAACAUCUCUGGAGAGACCUGAAAAUAGCUGUGCAGCGACGCUCCCCAUCCAACCUGACAGAGCUUGAGAGGAUCUGCAGAGAAGAAUGGGAGAAAGUCCCCAAAUACAGGUGUGCCAAACUUGUAGUGUCAUACCCAAGAAGACUCGAAGCUGUAAUCGCUGCCAAAGGUGCUUCAACAAAGUACUGAGUAAAGAGUCUGAAUACUUAUGUAAAUUUGAUACAUAUAUAUUUUAUAUAUACACAUUUGCACACAAUUUCUAAAAACCAGUUUUUGUUUUUUCAGUAUGGGGUAUUUUGUGUAGAUUGAUGAGGAAAAAAAUUGAUUGAAUCCAUUUUAGAAUAAGGCUGUAACGUAACAAAAUGUGGAAAAAGUAAAAGGGGUCUAAAUACUUUCUAAAUGCACUGUAGUAACCUUUCUAUGUAAACCCAUUCAAGAAGACUCAUAGAGCCCUAAUACUUCCCCAGUUAAGACUGGCAGUAAAGAUGCCGGUCAAGGCCUGUACUAAUGCCCAAUUCCAAAGCAACUCCAAGCUACUAUCCCCUAGUCACUUAUGUAGAUCUGAAAGGAUUGGAUAGGUAUGGGGCCAGAAGUUUUUCCACAGCCUUUAAUUUGGGCUCACAAUAGCCUCAUUUCCAUAGUUGGAUCCCUUGGUCAAGAAAAACUCCUGGCCAGCAAUGGUGAACAUUUCACCUAGCCUGUCAGAAGUCACGGCGCUAUGACAAUAUUGCAAUGUAAUCAUCCUAUCCAGGCCUUUCAUAUCUCCACAUGUGGUUAAGUGGCAAAAGUGGCCCAUUGACCUGUGUUCCAUCUUUUGGUUCUUGUUAAAAUAGGAUAGAUCCUAGCCAUUGACCCAGCUGACCAAAAAUAAAUCUGUUUGGUGGGAGUGAGAUUGCCCCUAACCACAGAUCUAGUGUCACUUUACCCUACCAAAAGGCCAGGGGGGAUGAAAAAAUAUCUGACCCUUAUCAGUAGUUAGGGGCUUACUGUUAGGCUAUGGUUCAACCCAGCACUCAGAGAAACAAACACGACAAAGGGAGUGGAAGAAACAAAAUAUUUAAUAAAAGUUAAAAUUGUCUUAGUCCAAAAACCACUGAAGUAAAGGAACAGAGUGGGCUAGUCGGCUCCGGAGGAAGGAGAGGCUGAGGCAGGCAGGCAGGCAGGCAGGCAGGCAGGCAGGUUGGGAGGUAUGUCCGAAACUAAAGACAAAACAAACGACAGGUUAAGGAGAGUGGAGAGCCAGGCUGAAGACAAAGACAAAAUAACUUUACUGGUGAGCCAAGUUACCGCUCUGGUAAGAACAACGAUCUGGCGCCGGUGGAGAGCCAUGCCCCGGAAUUAGUAGUGCAGGAUGAUUAGAGAAUAGGAUGCAGCUGCGUAGGCAGGAAUCACUGGAAACAACCCGCAGCUGCACAGGAGAGGCAGAUCCUGAGCACGCCCCCUGAUCCACUCCAGACACACCCACAUAAAGGGGACAAACACACAUACAGAUACAACAGACACAGAGGGGACAAAACAAGGAGGAAGGGAAACAGAAAAGGGAGAGACAAGCUGCCCACAUAACAGUACCCCCCCCUCAAUGGUCGCCACCUGGCGACCCACCAGGUCUGUCAGGGUUGUCGUGAUGGAAGUCCGUGAUCAACUGAGGAUCCAACACAAAACGCUUAGGGACCCAAGACCUCUCCUCUGGUCCAUAACCUUCCCAAUCGACUAGGUAUUGGAGACCCCUACCCCGCCUCCGAGAGUCCAGUAGCCUACUGACGGUGUAGGCCGGAUGGUCGUCAAUGAGACGAACAGGUGGAGGUGGAACAGCCGGCGGACACAAAAGGCUGGAGGACACAGGUUUCAGUUGGGAGACGUGGAAAGUAGGGUGUAUCUUCAUGGCUGAAGGCAACUUCAAACGAACCGCAGCGGGGUUAAUGAUGGACUCCACCACAAACGGACCCAGGUACCGAGGAGACAGCUUGCGUGAUUUGGUACGAAGAGGUACGUUCUUAGACGACAGCCAAACCUCUUGACCAGGAUGAAACACAGGUGCGGGAGUCCUGCUCCUAUCCGCUGUCCUCUUGUUCCUGUCGGUGGUCCGAAGCAACGCUUCCCGAGCAUCGCGCCACACUCUCUGGCAGCGGCGGAGGUUCUCCUGAACCGAAGGAACAGCCAAUUCCUUCUCCUGAGCAGGAAACAGAGGGGGUUGAUAACCCAUGGUAACUUCGAAGGGUGAAAGACCAGUGGCAGAGGUGGUGAGGGAGUUGUGGGCGUACUCUAUCCAAGGCAGAUGUUUGGCCCAGGAUGAUGGAUGUUGAGCAGCCACACAACGAAGGGUUGCUUCGAGGUCUUGAUUGGCUCUUUCUGUUUGACCGUUGGUCUGGGGAUGAAACCCUGAGGACAGACUAACGGAAGCACCCAAAGCAGAACAGAAAACCUUCCAAACACGGGAAGUAAACUGUGGGCCUCUAUCAGAUACGAUGUCCACAGGUAUUCCAUGGGGACGGAAUACAUGUUGGACUAGGAGGUCCGCUGUCUCACUGGCAGACGGUAAUUUUGGUAAUGCUAUAUAGUGAACAGAUUUAGAGAAUCUGUCCACAAUGGUAAGUAUAGUAUCAUUACCUUCAGACUUGGGUAGGCCGGUGACAAAAUCCAUGGCAAUGUGGGACCAGGGACGGCUGGGAACUGGGAGGGGUAGCAGCAGCCCCGAAGGGGACUGAUGGGAGGCUUUGCCCCGAGCACAGGUUGAACAGGCUGCCACAAAAGCCCGAACGUCAGUUUCCAUUGAAGGCCACCAAAAAUGUCUCCUAAGCAGCGUCAACGUGCGUCUCAUCCCAGGGUGACCAGCAAAACGGGAGGUGUGAAUCCACUGCAACACCUGAGACCGGACCGUCUCGGGAACAAAGAGUAGGUUGGGAGGUCCAUCACCCGGUCCCGGGUCCGUGGCAAGUGCAGUCUUCACAAGAGACUCGAUCUCCCACUGAACAGCCGCCACGACGCAUGAGGAAGGCAGGACUGCCUCAGGCUCGCUGGUCUCCGAAGGGUCAGCAAACUGGCGGGACAAAGCAUCUGGUUUAACAUUUCUUGACCCCGGUCUGUAUGUAAGAAUAAAGUUAAACCUACUAAAAAACAGGGCCCAUCUGGCUUGGCGUGAGUUGAGUCUCUUAGUGGCUUGGAUGUAAGCCAAGUUCUUGUGGUCUGUCCAGACCACAAACGGCAGUUCAGCUCCAUCCAGCCAGUGCCGCCAUUCUUCCAGUGCUAGCUUGACCGCCAGCAGUUCUCGGUUUCCAACGUCGUAAUUCCGUUCUGUGGGUGACAAUUUUUUGGAGAAAAAAGCACAGGGGUGAAGCUUUUGGUCAGUGGGGGAGCGCUGGGAGAGGACGGCUCCCACACCUGAGUCCGACGCGUCCACCUCCACAACAAACUGCAGAGAGGUAUUGGGGUGUAUCAACACAGGGGAGGUGGAAAACAGUUCCUUCAAAACCCCUACCGCCUGCUCCGCCUCAGGGGACCACAGAAAAGGGACCUUUGGGGAUGUGAGUCUAGUAAGGGGUGCCACCACUUUACUAAAACCCUUAAUGAACCUACGGUAGAAGUUAGCAAAGCCCAAAAAUCGUUGAAGUUGCUUACGGGUGGUGGGUAUGGGCCAUUCCGUCACUGCCCGGAUCUUCUCGGGGUCCGCCUUCACCUGCCCGCUCUCAAUGAUGAAACCAAGGAACGAUGUAGACUGUUUGUGGAACUCACACUUCUCUGCUUUGACGUAGAGCUUGUUUUCCAAGAGCCGUUGAAGGACUUGACGGACGUGUGACUCAUGCUCCUCGGGUGACUUGGAAAAAACAAGAAUAUCAUCCAGGUAUACAAAGACAAAACGGUUCAAAAAAUCCCUAAGAACAUCGUUCACCAUAGCUUGGAAAACAGCAGGGGCGUUUGAGAGCCCAAAGGGCAUGACCAAAUACUCAAAAUGUCCCAGUGGAGUGUUGAAAGCGGUUUUCCACUCAUCUCCCUUACGGAUCCGGACAAGGUGAUAAGCGUUCCUGAGGUCGAGCUUGGAGAAAACUGUGGCGCCAUGCAGAGGUUCAAAAGCAGAGUUGAUGAGUGGAAGGGGAUACUUGUUUUUAACAGUUAUGUUGUUUAAACCCCUGAAAUCGAUACAGGGGCGUAACGACUUGUCCUUCUUUUCCACGAAAAAGAAACCUGCACCCAAAGGAGACGACGAGGGACGGAUUAUGCCCGAGACCAGAGAAUCACCAAUGUACUGCUCCAUUGCCUCUCUUUCCGGUCGGGACAGAUUGUAUAAGCGACUAGAGGGCAAGGGAGCACCAGGAAGCAGUUCAAUAGGGCAAUCAUAAGGCCUAUGUGGUGGUAGAGACAGAGCCUUGUCCUUACUGAAAACCUCCGCUAAGUCAUGGUAUUCUUUGGGGACAGAUGACAGAUCAAGAGGAGCUGAGGGAUGAGUUGGGUUACACUUAGUGGGGGGAACCGCUGACCUAAGGCACUCAGAAUGGCAGUUAGUGCUCCAACUGAGAAUGGUGUGACGUGUCCAAUCAAUUUGUGGGUUGUGAAGAGCCAACCAGGGGAAGCCAAGGAUUAGGGAGGUAGCUGAGCCAGACAUAACUCUUAGCUGAAUGCUUUCACAAUGAUUGCCAGAAAUCACUAGGGAAACGGGGGUGGUUUGAUGAGUUAUCUCCGCGAGGAGGCGCCCAUCAAGGGCUGUGACCCGAAUGGGGGUAGGUAGUGGCUCCAUGGGGAUACGAGCUUGUGUAACGAACUGGUGGCUAAUAAAGUUGUCUUCUGCACCUGAGUCUAUGAGAGCUGAGAGUGGCAGGGAAUGACUCUGGAAACGUAAGGUUACAGGUACUUGUAAUCGGGGAAUGAUGGGUUCAGGAUCUAACUCUGGGCUCGCAAGUAGACCCACCGUUACGAGCGAGCCUUGUCUUUUGGCCGCUUAGGGCAUGUAGCCAGAAUGUGUGUGGCGUCUCCACAGUACAGGCACUCACCCGCCUGGAGGCGCCGUUGCCGCUCUGCUGGAGGUAGUCGAGCUCGACCCACUUGCAUAGGUUCCCUCUGUGCUCGGGAUGGAAUCAGGAACAAGAAGCUGCCGGCUCCGGGGAGGCGAGACUCGAGUGGUUGAAGGCUGGGGAACUCGUCCUCCUAGAUGCGGCCGACCGCCUCUCUCCCGACGCCUCUCCCGCAACCGGUUGUCUAGCUUAAUGGACAGGGAAACGAGAGAAUGUAAAUCAUGUGGCUCGUCACGAGCAGCCAGUUCAUCCUUAAUGGCUUCAUUCAAACCGUUUAGAAAUGCUCCUUGAAGUGCCACAUUGUUCCACUUGGAGUCCGCUGCCAAAGUCCAGAACUCAAUAGAGUACUCAGCCACACUGUUAGAACCCUGCCUCAAAUUAAAAAGUAUCUUGGAGGAAUUACCCACAUGGUCAGGAUGGUCAAAAACAGUCUUCAAUUUAGCAGAAAAAUCUGCGAAAGUCAAUCCAGUCAAAGUUUGAUUUGAGCACACAGCCUCAGCCCAAACCAGAGCUCUCCCUCUUAACAACCCCAGAACAUAAUGUACCUUAGAGGAAUCAGUAGAAAAUGACAGUGGUCUCUGCCGAAAAAUCAAGUCACACUGAAGCAAAAAUCCCCGGCACUUGUCCAAUUCUCCAUGGAACGGUUCAGGCGACGUGACAGGGGGUUCCCGAUGGAACGAAGCCUGCAUCAUGUCCGAGGAACCAACUUGGGGUGCAUCAAACUGGGGGUCAGAGAGAGAUGGAGAACUGAUAACAGACAAAUUAGAGACUUGUGUAGUUAACUGAGUCACCUGGUUCAGCAGUUGAUGAUUAUUUUCCAAAAGAGUCCGAAUCAGUUGGUCAUGCUGUCCUAGCAACGUUCCUUGAGCCUGGAUAGCUUGUUGGAAGCUGUCUUCGUUUGCCCCGUGCUGUCUCUCUGUUGGGUCCAUGGCCAGAUCGUUCUGUUAGGCUAUGGUUCAACCCAGCACUCAGAGAAACAAACACGACAAAGGGAGUGGAAGAAACAAAAUAUUUAAUAAAAGUUAAAAUUGUCUUAGUCCAAAAACCACUGAAGUAAAGGAACAGAGUGGGCUAGUCGGCUCCGGAGGAAGGAGAGGCUGAGGCAGGCAGGCAGGCAGGCAGGCAGGCAGGCAGGCAGGCAGACCGACAGGCAGGAAGGCAGGCAGGUUGGGAGGUAUGUCCGAAACUAAAGACAAAACAAACGACAGGUUAAGGAGAGUGGAGAGCCAGGCUGAAGACAAAGACAAAAUAACUUUACUGGUGAGCCAAGUUACCGCUCUGGUAAGAACAACGAUCUGGCGCCGGUGGAGAGCCAUGCCCCGGAAUUAGUAGUGCAGGAUGAUUAGAGAAUAGGAUGCAGCUGCGUAGGCAGGAAUCACUGGAAACAACCCGCAGCUGCACAGGAGAGGCAGAUCCUGAGCACGCCCCCUGAUCCACUCCAGACACACCCACAUAAAGGGGACAAACACACAUACAGAUACAACAGACACAGAGGGGACAAAACAAGGAGGAAGGGAAACAGAAAAGGGAGAGACAAGCUGCCCACAUAACACUUACAACCUAACCACUACUUCAAGAUGAAGUUCAGCUUCAGGUGGUACUAACCAGAAAUGUAGUCUUGAUCUCUUGAUCUUGAGACCAGUUGAGAGACUACAUAAAUGCAGUCUCAGUCCAGGGCUAUGGUCUUGACUCCAUCUAUGAUACUAUUCUCCUUCCAGAGCAUCCAUCCUAACCCCCACCUCUCUUCUCCGUUGUCCCCUAGGGUGAUGCCAGGGGCCAGCUGGUGUCGGAGCGGCUGGGCCUGGGCCACAAUCUGGACCUGUCGGACACCAUGGUGCAGCAGAAGCUGGACGAGAUCAAGGAGCAGAUCCGCCGUGAGAUUCGCAAGGAGCUGAAAAUCAAGGAGGGCGCAGAGAACCUGCGCAAGGUCACCACGGACAAGAAGAGCCUGGCCUACGUGGACAACAUGCUGAAGAAGUCCAAUAAGAAGGUGGAGGAGCUCCACCAGGAGCUCCAGGAGCUCAAUGCCCACAUCGUGGUCAAGGACCCUGAUGAACUGCUAGGUAUGGUUCUUGUUCACUGGGCAUGGAAGGAAUUAAGGUUGCAAAACUCUGGAAACUUUCCCAGGUUUUUUAGAAAUCCCGGUUAGAGUAUUCCUAGUUAAAGGAUUUCCUCCCUGCUUUUUCCCUCUGGAUUCCGGGAAUCCUUCAACAGAGAUUUCAGAAAAACCUGGGAACUUUGGGGGAUGUAUGUGAAACUUGUUAUUUUGAUAUGAGGUGUAUGCACUGAACUCAAUGCCCCCCUUUUCUCUCCUCAUUCCUAUUUCAGUUCACGUUGUGGUUAAUGACCCUAACAAACUGCUAAGGACUGUAUGGUGAAAUUGAGUGGAAAACAGUACCAAAUUCACUUCAACUCAGGGUAUUUUGCUACAGUAUAUACCAGCAUUGACGUAUUUCAGUGUUUGGUUUGUUAAAUGUGAUCCGCUACUCCGCCGUGUGUAGCGUCCGUUUUUAUAGUUUACUCUGCUACUUGAGUCAUUUAUAUCCUCUCGCUCUCUCUCCGUAAGGCUUUCCACACAGACCAAGCCCCGCCCCCAUCAAUCAAGGAGCUCAGUUAUUGUUGCUCGACCAGGAGACCACUUGUUCAGUCUAGUCUGCAUGGUCAAUGCAGCACAUGCAACAAUAUGGAAAUGAUGCAGACAGUUACAUUGAGGGAAACUACAAUCUAUGCAAUAUUAAAGCUGAUCUACCCCCUAUAAAAAAAAAGUUAAAUAAAUCAUUUUAGCCGCUAAUGCUAAUCUCUUGUUAGUGGGCUAGCUAGCUAGCUAAUACAUUUACUGAGUCAGAGAAACACUGCUAGUUAAUACAGCCUGAUACCAGUGAUGGUGUAGGCCUAGAUCAGCAUGUUGUUUGUGUGACAGUAUAUUGUAAAUCAAAGAAGAAUAGGUGAAGCAUGAAUAUGUUAGCUACAUGAAGUAGCUAAGAGAACAUUGAAUGUAGCCAAAGAUUAUAGGGUCCCUAGGAAACGCUGACCAACACUGGUUCUUACAAGGUCAAAAUAACUCCUCCCUGGUUUUUUCAUUUGUUGUCAUGUCAAACAACACUGUAUUCAAAGUGGCCACUACUAUAUUCUAACUAUAGAAUUAUAAUCUUUCUAUUUCCAUGAUUCCAACAGUUCACCCAAGUGUUUUGAUUUAAAUCGCAAGUCAAAUUGCAAUUGCAAUAUUUGGUUAAAAAUAAGGCCUUAAUUUUUUUGCCCAUAUCGUGCAGCCCUACCUGGCAGUGUGGAAAUUAUCUCAAAUGAGUGCAGGAAAUGCAGAAAUUGAAAACAAUCCGAAUGGAGAAAGCCCAGUUUGAAAACACUUAGAAUGUACUAUAUGUGUUGCCACCCUAGGGCCAUGCACUACUUAUAAAGCAAAUUUAGCAAAACAGAAAAUACAGGCAUACCGUCAAAUAAAAAAAUUGUGAUAUGAUAUUUUGUCAAAUCGCCCAGCCCUACUUCAGCUGUGGUAUUUCUUGGUACAAGCACACACAAUACAUGAUACAGCACAUAAUUACACAUUUGACAGCAGCAACACAAGUCCACACAAUGCUUGACAAAUGCACAGAAUACACAAAUAGGACCUACACACAAUGAAUGCACUCUAUUUUGGUGACUCAUCUUCUAGGAGCUGACACUGAUACAUUCCACAUUCCUUAUUGUGUUACAAUAGCCUCCAUUAGUUAUUUUCGAGGCUGUUGGAACCUGCUGCCGUGAAUUUGUGCGCGACAAUGGGUUUUUUACCAUGUUACUGGAACUGGGGAAAUUCAAUAUUGCGUUGCUACAGUGCAUGGGCAGGAAAUAGUUUAUCAAAUUGAUAAUGGGUAAGAAGGAGAGAAGGAAUGGGUUUGUCUGCUGCUAUUGCAUAUUCUACUAGACAUUGGAAAUGGUGGGGGACCUUUCUCUAUGUAAUAUUAGUCUUAAGUGGGAACAAAUUUUGCCUGACUCAUUGAACCCUUAUCUGAUGAGAAAGGGCUUUUGUUAACUGACUCAUGGCCAGUGGAAUGUCACAGGGCGUCUUGGAACUGGGAACUGACCUCAGGUCAUCUCCUCAGCAGCCAAGUUCUAGAGCAACGGGGGGUUCUGGUUAACCUCUGCCCUUGAGAACUGAUGUCAGAUCAACUCCCCCUUUCUUCACUCCCAACAUCACCAGCAGAAUGACUAAACAAGUCUUGGGUCAGUUGUUAAAUGGUAAGAUGUCACUGUAUACACUACAUUACCAAAAGUAUGUGGACACCUGCUCGUCGAACAUCUCAUUCCAAAAUCAUGGGCAUUAAUAUGGAGUUGGUCCCCCCCUUUGCUUCUAUAACAGCCUCCACUCUUCUGGGAAGGCUUUCCACUAGAUGUUGGAACAUUGCUGCGGGGACUUGCUUCCAUUCAGCCACAAGAGCAUUAGUGAGGUCAGGCACUGAUGUUGGGUGAUUAGGCCUGGCUCGCAGUCAGCGUUCCAAUUCAUCCCAAAGGUGUUCGAUCAGGUUGAGGUCAGGGCUCUGUGCAGGUCAGUCAAGUUCUUCCACACCGAUCUCGACAAACCAUUUCUGUAUGGACCUCGCUUUGUGCACGGGGGCAUUGUCAUGCUGAAACAGGAAAGGGCCUUCCCAAAGCUGUUGCCACAAAGUUGGAAGCACAGAAUCAUCUAGAAUGAACUAAGGGGCCUAGCCCGAACCAUGAAAAACAGCCCCAGACCAUUAUUCCUCCUCCACCAAACUUUACAGUUGGCACUAUGCAUUGGGGCAGGUAGCGUUCUCCUGGAAUCCGCCAAACCCAGAUUCGUCCGUCUGACUGCCAGAUGGUGAAGCGUGAUUCAUUACUCCAGAGAACGCGUUUCCACUGCUCCAGAGUCCAAUGGGGGCGAGCUUUACACCACUCCAGCCGACGCUUGGCAUUGCGCAUGGUGAUCUUAGGCUUGCCAUGCUCUGCCAUGGAAACCCAUUUCAUGAAGCUCCCGACUAACAGUUCUUGUGCUGACGUUGCUUCCGGAGGGUGUUUGGAACUUGGUAGUGAGUGUUGUAACCGAGGACAGACGAUUUUUACACACCUGUCAGCAACCGGUGUGGCUGAACCGGUGUGGCUGAAAUGGCCGAAUCCACUAAUCUGAAGGGGUGUCCACAUACUUUUGUAUAUAUAGUGUAUGUCGAGGGCUCCCCUAUGUGCGGCUGACCUGGGAUCAGGCGUUCGGCUUGGGGAGUGUUCCCUAGUCAGCGCUCCAGGAGUGACAUCACCCUGCUUGCUAUUCCGUGGGUCAGCACUUUUCGGCUGGCCCAGCGUGGGCAGUGGAGAGGAGGAGGCGGUUGACUGGUCCUGACCCUCGACCAAACCCCUCUCCUCAAACAGAUGAUCAAAUGUCAGUUGGGACUGCAAUGGUGACUGCAAUACAUUAUAUAUACACACACACACACACAGAGAACAUGGCUGAGUAUCCACCAUCUAUAUUUGCAUCUGCUGACAUUCUGUCUAUCUGAUCUUGAACACAGUUCAGUCAUAUUGUAUGAGGAACCUUGCGGACCCGUAAUCAUUCUCAUUAGCGGCAGACUUUAUGACUGGUGUUGCCUAGAGCAACCUGACGUACUCUCUUUCAUCUCCCCUAUUUAGAGCAACCACAGAGAUUCUCUGCCAGGUUAAUGGAUGAUUAAAUGAAUCAUUAGACUUUGUUUGAAUGAAUCUGCGACCCCCGAGGCGUUUUAAAGAGUCUCCAGAGACCCAUUUUUACAUUUUAGUCAUUUUAGAAGAUGCUCUUAUCCAGAGCGACUUACAGUUAGUGAGUGCAUACAUUUUUCAUACUGGCCCCCCGUGGGAAACGAACCCACAACCCUGGCGUUGCAAGCGCCAUGCUCUACCAACUGAGCUACAGGGGACUAAAGACCCCUAUGUUUAACAGGAUACGCUUCUCAUUUAGGUGGUGUGUGGAGAAGAUAAUUGAAUGCUAACUGGUUAGCGCUGUUGACUGGGUAUAGGCCUAGAGCUUGUUAGCAGCAGACUAUGUUGGUUAGCUGUGGUGCCAUUUCAAUGUAGCGUUGCAGUGGGGAUGUGAUGCUGUGGAGUCAAUUCAAUUCCACUUUCUAAGCUUUUGAUUUGAUCUAAUUUAACAGGAAAAUGAAAUUUUGCCCUCAAACUGUCACCGAGCAAACAGUAAGAGCCAGGAAAAGCCAGUCAGGCAGGUUUUGGUCCCACUUGUGUGUGAUGAAGCGAGCGUUCACUCGGCACUCUUCUCGGGGUGUAAUGGGGAGGAGGGGUUCAGCUCAGCAGCCAUUCGAGCCCAGGCACGAAAAGUAGUGAGCUCAUCCCUCAGCACCGCAGCUUGACUGAAAUGAUUUUUUUUUUUUUUUUUUUGGUAAUUUAGCAGACGCUCUUAUCCAGAGCGACUUACAGGAGCAAUUAGGGUUAAGUGCCUUGCUCAAGGGCACAUCGACAGAUUUUUCACCUAGUCGGCUCGGGGAUUAGAACCAGCGACCUUUCGGUUACUGGCACAACGCUCUUACCCACUAAGCUACCGGCCCCCAUGAUACACUUUUGUUUUUGUGAGUGAGUUGGGUGCACACACAGCAGGAGACCCAACAGCCCCUUGGGCAGGAGGAGAGCAUGGAGCUCCUGGGUGGUGUUCAUUUGGGUUCACUGUAGCAAAACACUUUGACAAAAACACGGAGGGACUACCUGAAGUUGAAACGCUUCAUUUUCCGUAGCAAUUUUCUUCUGUUUUGUGCCUAAUGAACAAGACCCCGACUUUAACUGCUCUCACAACUGUUGCGAAACACCCUGAGAGACAUGGUAAUAUCGGGGGCAUUGAGCAACAAGGGCUGUCAGUCAUACCAUAAACACGCAUGUCGUAUUUGCAUGUAGAGUACCGUCACAUGUCGUUUUUAGCAAGUUCACGCUUGUUUUACUCCGGAGACUGCCACGGCAGGUUCCCCUAACUUCUGUACAGUUUGAAACAAAUCCUAAUGCUUUAGGGCAUUUUGUCGCGUCCUCAUAUUAGGGAUGGGCAACUCCAGUCCUUGGGGGCCGGAGUGGUGUCACACUUUUCCCCCAUCCUUAGCAAACGCAGCUGAUUAAACAAAUAGCAUUCAUGAUUAGUUGAUUAUUGGAGUCAGGUGUGUUAGCUGGGGCAAAAGUGACACCAAUCAGGCCCUUCCCCUGAAAGUGUAAAAACAAGAAUUCACCUCCAAUAGUUUUCAUACCAACAGGCCUUCUGUUUUUAAACAAAUUGCUUUUUUGUAGAUAGUAAACAAGAACCUGAUGAAUAUGGCAGCAUUGAACAAGAUGAGAAAUACAUUGUGGCCAACUCAAAGACCUCCCUCCUUCCAUACAAGUCUUUAAAUGUUGUAGCUAAUUAACAUGCAAAUUUGGUUGUUGUAUUGUAAGAGCUUUAAAGACAUGCCCUGGAACUUUGGCGACUAGUACGUUUUUUUUUUUACCUCCCGCUUUGGGCUGGAUGUGUCAGUGUAGUUCAUACAUGCAGAAUUACUGUCUUACCUCAAUUAGCCACGAAAUCCCUAGUUUGAAAGCGACUGUGUUCUGGAAGCUGUGCGGUGCUAUUUUCCCUACAUUUUCCCCACGUGGGCCCAGCCCCCUAGCAAUUCGAGUUCCAGCCAAUGAGCUUCACCCCCUCGCCAUUUGAGUGACAGCUAGCAAGAUUCACACACAGCAGAGCGAGAGAGAGCAAUGACGUGGUGCACAUAUCGUUUCUGCACAUACAGUAUGUGACGUUGUAAGCCAUUUCCGGGGACCACUUUUGGCUCAUGAGUGCUACUUUCGCGCUACUUUCAGAAUUACUGGCAAGCAAGUAUACAAAAGUACUCUUUUUAAUGUUUUAAUAUCCCAGCUUCAUAUCUCCCCUUCCGAUCUUCUACCUUGUUUUUAGAGUGCCCUUUGACCCCGGACACCCCGGCCAGCGAGGUAAGGAUGUGCACCAGCAGCAGCCGCCUGGCCGCCCUGAAGAAGCAGAACGACAUUGAGCUAAAGGUCAAGCAGGGGGCGGAGAACAGGAUCCAGAUGUACUCCAAUGGCUCCUCCAAGGUACGCCCACUGACCUUUUAACCUUUGACUUUCACAAACAGCCAUUUUCAGUAGUGACCUCAGGGGACAUGUUCAUUAGGGCUCUCAACGCAAAGGAAACAUUUAAUUAGUGUGUCUUAUUGGUGAAGUCCAGGUAGUCCCUCCCUGCAGUCUCUUGUUCACUUGACCCUUCUUGUAAAUAAUCAGGUAGGGUUUUUCCAAAGCUUAAGAGACCACAAAAGCCAUUAUUCAAAAUGUUGAGCUCAGUUGCCACCAUUAUAAAUAUGCAGGAAGCAAACUCGUCACUUUUCUGCGAUAUUCGCCGUUUUGAUCUCAAAAUAGGCCAUUGUGUAGAUCCGUAAAUAAAAACUUUGGGGUGGGGAGGUCUGACGAAGAGUGUAUCACCCAUUGAGCUAUAAAAAGGGCACAAACAGAUUUGUCUGUGUGAUCACUACUUCCUCUCUUGAAAUUAAUGACUGGGCACAGAAUGCAUCCCUACGCGUCCUACAAAUAGAAUAUCAAACAUAGUUCAGAGUGUAAUGCCAGAUACAGUGCCUUCAGAAAGUAUUCACACCCCUUGACUUUUUCCACAUUUUGUUGUGUUACAAAGUGGGAUUUAAUUGUUGUCAACGAUCUACACAAAAUACUCUGUCAAAGUGGGAGAAAAAUUAUAUAUUUAUUGGAUUAAUGGAAAAUAUAACACUAUCUUGAUUAGAUAUAUAUUAGAAUCACCUUUGGCAGCGAAUACAGCUGCGAGUCUUCCUGGGAAAGACUCUCAGAGCUUUGCACACCUUGACUGUACAAUAUUUGCCCAUUUAUUCUUUAAAAAUAAAAAGCUCUGUCAAGUUGGUUGUUGGUCAUUGCUAGACAUCCUUUUUCAAAUCUUGCCAUAUAUUUCCAAGCCGAUUUGAGUCAAAACUGUAACUAGGCCACUCAGGAAUGUCGUCUUGGUAAGCAAUUCGUCUCCCAGUGUUUGUUGGAAAGCAGACUGACUGUGCUUAGCUCUAUUCGGUUUCUUUUUAACCUAAAAAAAAUAUCUAGUCCUUGCCGAUGAUAAGCAUACCCAUAACAUGAUGCAGCCACCAACAUUCUUAAAAAUAUAAAGAGUGGUACUCAGUGAUGUGUUGUUGGAUUUGCCCCAAACAUAACGCUUUAUAUUCUCUCUCGCACUCACAUAUAUUUAUUUAUUUAGCCAACCCUUAUUUUACUUUUUUUUUUUUACAUUUUAGUCAUUUAGCAGACGCUGUUAUCCAGAGCGACUUACAUGAGUGCAUACAUAAUUGUUUUAUUUUUCAUACUGGCCCCCCGUGGGAAUCGAACCCACAACCAUGGCGUUGCAAACGCCAUGCUCUACCAACUGAGCUACAUCCCUGCAGGCCAUUCCCUCCCCUACCCUGGACGACGCUGGGCCAAUUGUGCGCCGCCCCAUGGGCCUUAUGCUGAGGGAGACUACCUAGUUAGUUACCACCAACCUUGCACAAACCUGUGGCUAACUCUACUGCUGUACUUUUACUUUCUGGUUGUUCUGCCCGCUCUACCUCAUUCACUGCUGCCUCAACCUUUUUUUGCCACCCUGUCGGAAGAAGUUCAGAAUAUCCAGACUGACUGAGUGACAGGCGUUUUGCUGAGUGAUGACAUUGACAUCUAACCGGUGCUGUAGGGGUGGGAGAGGGAUCAAGGGACGUGAGCUGUCCACUGUGUUGGGAAAUCUCAACCAAUCACAGCACACACUGCGUCACUCCAGGGGCUUCUUGCAGUGCCUACUGCUUAGCGCAGUAUAUUGUAUUUUUUAAAAAUAUGUACAGUGGGGAGAACAAGUAUUUGAUACACUGCCGAUUUUGCAGGUUUUCCUACUUACAAAGCAUGUAGAGGUCUGUAAUUUGUAUCAUAGGUACACUUCAACUGUGAGAGACUGAAUCUAAAACAAAAAUCCUGAAAAUUACAUUGUAUAAUUUUUAAGUAAUUCAUUUGCAUUUUAUUGCAUGACAUAAGUAUUUGAUCACCUACCAACCAGUAAGAAUUCCGGCUCUCACAGACCUGUUAGUUUUUCUUUAAGAAGCCCUCCUGUUCUCCACUCAUUACCUGUAUUAACUGCACCUGUUUGAACUCGUUACCUGUAUAAAAGACACCUGUCCACACACUCAAUGAAACAGACUCCAACCUCUCCACAAUGGCCAAGACCAGAGAGCUGUGUAAGGACAUCAGGGAUAAAAUUGUAGACCUGCGCAAGGCUGGGAUGGGCUACAGGACAAUAGGCAAGCAGCUUGGUGAGAAGGCAACAACUGUUGGCGCAAUUAUUAGAAAAUGGAAGAAGUUCAAGAUGACGGUCAAUCACCCUCGGUCUGGGGCUCCAUGCAAGAUCUCACCUCGUGGGGCAUCAAUGAUCAUGAGGAAGGUGAGGGAUCAGCCCAGAACUACACGGCAGGACCUGGUCAAUGACCUGAAGAGAGCUGGGACCACAGUCUCAAAGAAAACCAUUAGUAACACACUACGCCAUCAUGAUUUAAAGUCCUGCAGCGCACGCAAGGUCCCCCUGCUCAAGCCAGCGCAUGUCCAGGCCCGUCUGAAGUUUGCCAAUGACCAUCUGGAUGAUCCAGAGGAGGAAUGGGAGAAGGUGGUCUGAUGAGACAAAAAUAUAGCUUUUUGGUCUAAACUCCACUCGCCGUGUUUGGAGGAAGAAGAAGGAUGAGUACAACCCCAAGAACACCAUCCCAACCGUGAAACAUGGAGGUGGAAACAUCAUUCUUUGGGGAUGCUUUUCUGCAAAGGGGACAGGACGACUGCACCGUAUUGAGGGGAGGAUGGAUGGGGCCAUGUAUCGCGAGAUCUUGGCCAACAACCUCCUUCCCUCAGUAAGAGCAUUGAAGAUGGGUCGUGGCUGGGUCUUCCAGCAUGACAACGACCCGAAACACACAGCCAGGGCAACUAAGGAGUGGCUCCGUAAGACGCAUCUCAAGGUCCUGGAGUGGCCUAGCCAGUCUCCAGACCUGAACCCAAUAGAAAAUCUUUGGAGGUAGCUGAAAGUCCGUAUUGCCCAAGCGACAGCCCCGAAACCUGAAGGAUCUGGAGAAGGUCUGUAUGGAGGAGUGGGCCAAAAUCCCUGCUGCAGUGUGUGCAAACCUGGUCAACAUCUACAGGAAACGUAUGAUCUCUGUAAUUGCAAACAAAGGUUUCUGUACCAAAUAUUAAGUUCUGCUUUUCUGAUGUAUCAAAUACUUACGUCAUGCAAUAAAAUGCAAUUUAAUUACUUAAAAAUCAUACAAUGUGAUUUUCUGGAUUUUUGUUUUAGAUUCCGUCUCUCACAGUUGAAGUGUACCUAUGAUAAAAAUUACAGACCUCUACAUGCUUUGUAAGUAGGAAAACCUGCAAAAUCGGCAGUGUAUCAAAUACUUGUUCUCCCCACUGUAUAUACUGCAUAGCACAAGUGAUGUGUGGUUAUGGAAACUCAUAUCAGACUGAAAAGGUUCAGGGCUGGAUCAAAAACAUCCAGGGAUAAAGCCCCGGAAGCCCAGGUCUAAUGAUGCCACUGGGCCCACCCCCCAUUUGUAGGCCCGCGGAUACAUUUCCUCCCCCCAAAAAAUGUAGUUUAUUUAAAAAAAAUUAUUAGGACCUCCGUUUUUUACUUAUCGGUAAGUUAGUCUAGCCAGCUAUCUAAACUUGUAGUAAUCAUGGUCGAAUUAUAGACCGGGGAUUAUUUGUAUUUUUUUGUCACUCCGAUAUUAUUUUUUAAACUGCUAACAUUUCUCUCCACCCCAUGGCAAAAUGUGUAUAAUUGCAGGAAAUUAGUUAUACAAUUGCAAAAUACUCUCUCCGCCACAUGGAAAGAUGUGUAGAAUUGCAGCAAACUUGCUUUAAAACUUCAUUUUCAAUUAGGGCCCCCAAAAGGCUAGGGCCGGCUCUGACUGUUUAUGUGGGUACGCAGACCCGCGAGCCACUGCGGCCCCUCACGAUGAGUAUAAUUGUUUUUGUGGCCCUCACCCCCAUCAAAGUUGGCCAUCCCUAAGCUAAAGUUUGGAAUUUUGGCGACCCCAGUGCUAGAAUCAGCUAUAGCUGACCCUGUGUGAGCUAACCGCUGUAUAAUAUUAAGGUGUGGAAUGUUGGCGACCCCGGUCAGUGCUCCCCUGCCGGAGCGCUUGUAGAGAUUGGCACCAUCCUGUGGGAAAUAUUAGUGCCUGAUGACAGCCAGGAAAUGCCUGUCAGACGCAAGCCUUUCCUGCCCGCUACACCGCCAUAGCAUAGCACGCGCCACCACCAGAGGAAUUCUGGGUGGAGUCGACUAGUUUACUCCACGGGCCAGUGUGUGCAUGCUUUGAGGGUGACUGAUUACACAACAACACAAUGACAUUCUACUUGAAUCUUACAUUUACAUUUUAGUCAUUUAGCAGACGCUCUUAUCCAGAGCGACUUACAGUUAGUGAGUGCAUACAUUUUUCUGCAGUGAAUAACUUUUUCCAUGCGAACAUUGAAAACUUUUGCUCCAAUUUAAGGUUGUGAUUUGAAGAGAAAUGGGCUACUUUUGUAGAUGUGGAAUUUGGGUCAGGUGUGUUGUUCUUUUAUUCAUGAAUUCCCAUGAAGCUGUUUGGAUCAGUAAUGAACAUCACACUGUACAGUUACCCUAUAUGCUAGAUAUGUAUACCUAUUAGUGAUAGUGUGUGUUUUGUUUUUAUUUUUCUAACAGGACCGGAAAUUGUUAGCGACCGCUCAACAGAUGCUCCAGGACAGCAAAACGAAGAUCGAGUUCAUCAGGAUGCAGAUCCUCAAAGGCAGCCAGGCCAGCGAGUUGAGCUUCGACAACAACGACGUCAUGGGUGAGACACACACACACACACCUGCCUGUGACUCAUUGUGUCCGUGGCCUCUCCUUUCCUGUGUUAUCCCCUUUGACGCAUAUGGACACACACACACACACACACACUGUGUAUUUGAGAACGACUACAUUGCAGUCGAACUACGCAGAAUUACUGAUCUACAAAUUACCUUCCAUCCUAAGUAACUACUCAUUAUGUGAUCAAGAUUAGCGAUUCUGCUGAAACUGAUCACCUUAAACAUGCUGAUAGUCUCUAACAAGGUCCUCUUCCUCCAGCCAAGCCCAUCAUCAGCCCGUUGGACCUACGGGUGGAGGAGCUGUGUCACCACGCCAGGAUAGAGUCAGCCGUGGCCGAGGGUGCCAAGAAUGUCAUGAAGCUUCUGGGCUCUGGCAAGGUCACGGAGAAGAGGGCACACUCAGAGGUACAUACCAAAGCCAUACUUGAGUAGGAGUGCUGAUCUAGGAUCAGAUCCCGCCCCCCCGUCUAUAUAAUUAUGAUCUUAAAGGCUAAACUGAUCCUAGGUCAACACUCCUACCCUGGCCCCAAGAACAAUUAGACCAAAAAAAGUAUUUGAAAGCUAUUGCUAAACUGUUAGACAACUCACUGCUCAACAAACUUAUACCCAAAAUGGGAGCAAAUGCUUUCAAAACGUCUGGGACGAACUUAAGUAUUCGAAAUACCUUUUCUGUUUGUAAACUUGUUUUUCCUGGACCAUGUGCUGUCAAAAACAAAAAUGAGUACCUGCUCAGUUUCAGAGCUUUCACCCAUUUCGUGCCUACUGAAGAUGUCCCUGUUUUGACAAUUGACCUUGCUGUUCUUCCCAGGCCCAGGCCCGCUUCAACGAGUCCAGUCAGAAGUUGGACCUGCUCAAGUACUCCCUGGAGGAGAGGCUGAGCGAGCUGCCCAUAAACCACCCUCGCAGCAGCAGCAUCGUGGAGGAGCUGUCCCUCAUGGCCUCGCCCGCCCUCAGCCCGCGCUCCAGCAUCAUCUCCACCCAGAACCAGUACAGUACCGUGGCCAAGCCCGCUGCGCUCACAGGUAACGGGACGAUAUCCCACAGCAGUGGCCACCAUUUGCAUGCUGUAAACCUCUGAAUUUAGGGCUGAAUAUUAACUUGAGAUAUGCAUGCUUAAUUUGACAAUAGUGUUAAUCAUGCAUUAAUGUCAAUGGAAAAUUUGUGCAAAAACUGGAGUUGCUCACACAGAGCUCAAGUUCUAGCUUUUUACAUACUGGCAUCUGGAUUUCAGUCUAAAAAAAGUAUGCAGUUACCAAUAUAUCAAGACAGCAGACCUGCCAACCUGCACGCAUUUUGUGUACCAUGCAUGCAAUUUGUGGUCAAAGCACGCUGGUACGAAAAACUACCCUAAAAUCUGCAAAAAAUAGGCUUCUAGUUGGCACAUUGUGAUUUUUGACUCAACCGUCUGAAGUUGGAGCUGAGCCAAUCAGAGGACUUGACUUGGGUGAGGAGAAAAAAUCUCUAGCUCUCUGCUCCGGACUGCCCCCCGUAGUUGUAGUCCUAUCAAAGAUGGUGGAUAAAUGAAGAUAGUUCACUCAAGCCGUUUACUGUUGGAAAAAAUGUAUGUUCCUGUUUACUUAAGGGGGUGGCUCUCCCAUAGACAUUAAUUCAGUAGCAGCUGGGUCUGGUCUACUUAGUUCAAUGACUUCAAUUGAACCAGAAAAAACAGCGAGUGCGGUGUCUCGCUUCCUCUUCCGUCUCUGGAACUAUUUUCCUCCCUUGAGCUGGAUGGCAGCUCUCCAUUUCAUCCGUUGAUACCACUGAUGUGUGAGGAAAAAGAAAAGGGAAAAUGGAGAACAAACUGUUUGCCAAAUACACUUUCCAAAGUUGUAUGCGUUAGUCAAGCACAUAACCACUAUUAUUUCAUAGUUAGCUACAGCGUUGUUUAGUCAACUAAGCGAGAACACUUUCUUGCCCGCACAUGCUUUGAUCUCCGCAACAGUAGUAGGCGCAAGCGCCUUGACGAGUAAGGAAACACACAGUGAUGCGGUAGUUCAGUGCGCAUCGCUGCAUGGAUGAAACCGACAUGGCAGAGAGCGCUGUUUCGCUAAUACCAUCCUUCACAGAAAGUUAUAUUAGACUUUUAAAAAUAAGUAGGCCUAUGUUAAUUAAUCCGUCCUCUUGAUAUAGCUGUAUGUCAACAGUAGGCUGUUAAUGAUGUGAUAAUAGUCAGUUCACCAAUGACGACAAGGCAUGUUGAAUGAAUGGUAGCCUAGUAGUCAGACCUAACUUGAUGGACUACGUCAGGGAUGGAGAUCUGAAACAAGCUCAUAUAGGCCUAGUUCAGUUGUUUCGCUGCUCUGGCACCCCAAUGGUGGAACAAGCUCCCCCACGACGCCAGGACAGCAGAGUCACUGACCACCUUCCGGAGACACUUGAAACCCUACCUCUUUAAGGAAUACCUGGAAUAGUAUAACAGUAAUCCUUCUACCCCCCACCCCCCCAUUUAAAAAAAAAGGAGUGGUUGUCCCACUGGCCAUCCUAAGUUGAAUGCACCAAUUUGUACAGUGAGGGAAAAAAGUAUUUGAUCCCCUGCUGAUUUUGUACGUUUGCCCACUGACAAAGACAUGAUCAGUCUAUAAUUUAAUGGUAUGUUUAUUUGAACAGUGAGAGACAGAAUAACAACAACAAAAAACAGAAAAACGCAUGUCAAAAAUGUUAUUCAUUGAUUUGCAUUUUAAUGAGGGAAAUAAGUAUUUGACCCCUCUGCAAAACAUUACUUAGUACUUGGUGGCAAAACCCUUGUUGGCAAUCACAGAGGUCAGACGUUUCUUGUAGUUGGCCACCAGGUUUGCACACAUCUCAGGAGGGAUUUUGUCCCACUCCUCUUUUCAGAUCUUCUCCAAGUCAUUAAGGUUUCGAGGCUGACGUUUGGCAACUCGAACCUUCAGCUCCCUCCACAGAUUUUCUAUGGGAUUAAGGUCUGGAGACUGGCUAGGCCACUCCGGACCUUAAUGUGCUUCUUCUUGAGCCACUCCUUUGUUGCCUUGGCCGUGUGUUUUGGGUAAUUGUCAUGCUAGAAUACCCAUCCACGACCCAUUUUCAAUGCCCUGGCUGAGGGUACAUGGCUGAGGUUCUCACCCAAGAUUUGACGGUACAUGGCCCCGUCCAUCGUCUCUUUGAUGCGGUGAAGUUGUCCUGUCCCCUUAGCAGAAAAACACCCCCAAAGCAUAAUGUUUCCACCUCCAUGUUUGACGGUGGGGAUGGUGUUCUUGGGGUCAUAGGCAGCAUUCCUCCUCCUCCAAACACGGCGAGUUGAGUUGAUGCCAAAGAGCUCCAUUUUGGUCUCAUCUGACCACAACACUUUCACCCAGUUCUCCUCUGAAUCAUUCAGAUGUUCAUUGGCAAACAUCAGACGGGCAUGUAUAUGUGCUUGCUUGAGCAGGGGGACCUUGCGGGCGCUGCAGGAUUUCAGUCCUUCACGGCGUAGUGUGUUACCAAUUGUUUUCUUGGUGACUAUGGUCCCAGCUGCCUUGACAUCAUUGACAAGAUCCUCCUGUGUAGUUCUGGGCUGAUUCCUCACCGUUCUCAUGAUCAUUGCAACUCCACGAGGUGAGAUCUUGCAUGGAGCCCCAGGCCAAGGGAGAUUGACAGUUCUUUUGUGUUUCUUCCAUUUGUGAAUAAUCGCACCAACAGUUGUCACCUUCUCACCAAGCUGCUUGGCGAUGGUCUUGUAGCCCAUUCCAGCCUUGUGUAGGUCAACAAUCUUGUCCCGGACAUCCUUGGAGAGCUCUUUGGUCUUGGCCAUGGUGGAGAGUUUGGAAUCUGAUUGAUUGAUUGCUUCUGUGGACAGGGGUCUUUUAUACAGGUAACAAGCUGAGAUUAGGAGCACUCCCUUUAAGAGUGUGCUCCUAAUCUCAGCUCGUUACCUGUAUAAAAGACACCUGGGAGCCAGAAAUCGUUCUGAUUGAGAGGGGGUCAAAUACUUAUUUCCCUCAUUAAAAUGCAAAUCAAUUUAUAACAUUUUUGACAUGCGUUUUUCUGGAUUUUUGUUGUUGUUAUUCUGUCUCUCACUGUUCAAAUAAACCUACCAUUAAAAUGAUAUACUGAUCAUUUCUUUGUCAGUGGGCGAAUGUACAAAAUCAGCAGGGGAUCAAAUAUUUUUUCCCUCACUGUAAGUCGCUCUGGAUAGGCAGGUAGCUUAGUGGUUAAGAGCGUUGUGCCAGUAACCGAAAGGUCGCUGGUUCUAAUCCCCGAGCCGACUAGGUGAAAAAUCUGUCGAUGUGCCCUUGAGCAAGACACUUAACCCUAGUCGCUCUGGAUAAGAGCGUCUGCUAAAUGACUUAAAUGUAAAUGUUUCAUAUUCCAAAUAGCCUACAGUAAGAUAGACUACUACAUUGCAUCCAGUAAUUGACUUAUUUAGAAUUUUCUCCCCAAACAAUUAAGAAGCCAGUUUACAUUUUCACUAGACUAUCCACAUAAAGACACCUAUUAAUUAGAAUAAUCAUUACCCCGAAAUGUAACCCAAACAAAUGUGAAAGUGUCAAUGAGACCACCUCAAUUUAAUUUAGGCUCAAACACAAGACUUCUGUGUUGGCUAAAUUGUUUGAUAUAAUUUAAGACUCUAGGUUUCAAGAAAUGGCAGUUACAGGUUUUUCAGAAAUGCUAAAUGCGCCAACUUCGUUGACUAACCCCCUCCAGACCUCUCCCCUACCCAACCUUAGCCCUACAUCAGCACCACCUUGUUAGAAAAUCCUAGUCAGAGCCCUGAUUGUACAUUUAAACAUAUUUCUAGGUAGCUACUGAAGAGCAGCCAAUUACCAAGUACCCGUAAGUCUAUUGCCUACCAUUCUUACUGAAGCAGUCUUCUGCUAACAUCAUUAUUAGGCUAAAAAAGGUGCAUUUGCCUAUGAUUUGAGCAGUGUGGGUUUCGCACGCACGCCAUCAUGGGGGCCGGGGGUGCUGCUGCCGCGCUGAAGUGGUACUCAUAAAAAUGAUUCUAAGUUGGUAGGUCUCAGACAGUAUUCUGUAGUACUGUGCUUUGCCCAUCCUCUCAAAAUCUCUUGUCUUCCCCAGGCACAUUAGAUGUCAGGCUCAUGGGCUGCCAGGACCUGCUUGAGAACGUUCCAGGUCGUUCAAAAGCUGGUUCCGUGCCAUUGCCUGGCUGGAGCCCCAGCGAGACCCGCUCCUCCUUCAUGAGCCGGGGGAACCGCAACCGAGGCGCCAGUGCACGGAACCUCUCGAAGAGUGAAGAUCUCUCAAGUGAGUCUCCUGACACCAGCAGUCUCUCCUACUAUCAGCCCUCGAUCAAUAAGUGAAUCCAUUGAUAUCUUUUUUGUCACCAUCAGAAAUCCAGGGAUUUACAAUGUACAAUAUUUAUACAUACACUGAACAAAAAUGCCAAGUGUUGGUCCCAUGUUUCAGGAGCUGAAAUAAAAGCCCCCCAAAAUGUUCCAUACGCACAAAAAGCGUAUUUCUCUAAAAUGUUGUGCAUAAAUUUGUUUACAUCCCUGUUAGUGAGCAUUUCUCCUUUGCCAAGAUAAUCGAUCCACCUGACGGGUGUGGCAUAUCAAGAAGCUAAGUAAACAGCAUGAUCAUUACACAGGUGUACAUUGUCCUGGGGAAAAUAAAAGGCCACUCUCUAAAAGGUGCAGUUUUGUCACAACACAAUGCCACAGAUGCCUCAAGUUGAGGGAGCGUGCAAUAGGUAUGCUGACUGCAGGAAUGUCCACCAGAGCUGUUGCCAGAUAAUUGAAUGUUCAUUUCUCUUCCAUAAGCCGCCUCAAAUGCCAUUUUAGAGAAUUUGGCAGUAUGUCCAACCGGCCUCAUAGCCGCAGACCACGUGUAACCACGCCAGCCCAGGACCUCCACAUCUGGCUUCUUCACCUGUGGGAUCGUCUGAGACCAGCCACUGGGACAACUGAUGAAACAGUGGGUUUGGGCACAACCAAAGAAUUUCUGCACAAACUAUCAGAAACCGUCUCAGGGAAGCUCAUUUGCUUGCUCGUCGUUCUCACCAGGGUCUUGACCUGACUGCAGUUCGGCAUCGUAACCGACUUUAGUGGGCAAAUGCUCACCUUCGAUGGCCACUGGCACCUGGAGAAGUGUGCUCUUCAUGGAUGAAUCCUGGUUUUAACUGUACCGGGCAGAUGGCAGACGUCGUGUGGGUGAGCAGUUUACUGAUGUCGACGUUGUGAACAGAGUGCCCCAUGGUGGCGGUGGGGUUAUGGUAUGGGCAGGCAUAAGCUACGCACAAUGAACACAAUUGCAUUUUAUCUAUGGCAAUUUGAAUGCACAGAAAUACCGUGACGAGAUCCUGAGGCCCGUUGUCUUGCCGCUCAUCUCAUGUUUCAGCAUACACAAUUCCUGGAAGCUGAAAAUGUCCCAGUUCUUCCAUGGCCUGCAUACUCACCAGACAUGUCACCCAUUGAGCAUGUUUGGGACGCUCUGGAUCGACGUGUACGACAGUGUGUUCCAGUUCCCGCCAAUAUCCAGCAACUUCGCACAGCCAUUGAAGAGGAGUGGGACAACAUUCCACAGGCCACAAUCAACAGCCUGAUCAACUCUAUGCGAAGGAGAUGUGUCACGGUGCAUGAGGCAAAUGGUAGUCACACCAGAUAAUGACUGGUUUUCUGAUCCACACCCCUACUUUUUUUUUUUUUUAAAGGUAUCUGUGACCAACAGCUGCAUAUCUGUAUUCCCAGUCGUGAAAUACAUAGAUUAGGACCUAAUUAAUUUUUUUUUAUUGACUGACUUCCUUAUAUAAACUGUAACUCAGUAGAAUAUUUGAAAUUGUUGCAUGUUGCGUUUAUAUUUUUGUUCAGUGUAGUUGUGUCUGAAAUGGUAACCUAUUCCAUAUAUAGUGCACUGUUUCUGACCAGGGCCCAUUUCCGACACAGCCAUAUGCAUACUUGACAAAGAACACAUUAGAAAUACCUGAAACCUGUCCAGUGACUGAUUUCCCCUGCCAUCAUCCCCUCAGCUUAAGAGUAUGGGUUGUAGCAAAACUAGAAAUAUAUAGAAACCACAGCACUCUAUGUAGUAUAUCCUAAAGAAAGAACACCAUGUUCAUUUAAAUGUAAUGUCAUUUGAACAAUGUAUGUAUAAACAAUACUGUAAUAUGUCUAUUUUUGACAGGAAAUGGUAUUUCAUCUUUGUGUCCCUCUCCAGAUGAGAUCAGUGCUGUGCUGAAGUUGGACAACACAGUGGUGGGACAGACCAGCUGGAGACCUGUCAGUAACCAGUCCUGGGAUCAGAAGUUUACACUGGAGCUAGACAGAGUAUGACACACAGACAGACAGACUUUAUAUGUUCUUUGAUUAGUGAAGGAUGGUAUACUUUUGCCUUUUUUAAAUACCCUACUGUGCGUUUUUUUCACUUAUUGUGCUUGCGAAUUACUAAGGGCAAAUUGUCUUGGUGCAAAAGACCAUAGAUCUGUGCAACAAAUAUCGCAAAACCUCAUCUGGCAGCACGAUUUAAUGUUGAUAUGUUCUACAACGAUGUGUUUUACAGAGACUACUAUUUAUGCAUUGCUCAGUUCACCAGACUAGUUAACUAAUCGCCUCCUAGUAAUGCACAUUGUUGAAGAAAGUUUUAAAUUCAAUCACGCUGUCAUUGAGGUUAAUGGUAUUUUUCUGCACAGAUCUAUUUGCACCAUGAAAAUGUCGCCCUAGGUAUACUUUGCCUGUGUUUUAACUUUGCUUGCAUUUGUGUGUGCUUAACCUUGUGUGCAUUGUUUGACCUGCAGUCUCGUGAGCUGGAGAUCUCUGUGUACUGGAGAGACUGGCGCUCGCUUUGUGCCGUCAAGUUCCUGCGACUGGAGGACUUUCUGGACAACCAGCGUCACGGCAUGUGUCUCUACCUGGAGCCCCAGGGAACCCUGUUUGCAGAGGUAGCCCACUUUGACACUACACCAGGGAUGUGUUCAUGAGCAGACUGAAACAGGGAGGGACUACCUGGACCUGUACAAUAAGAAAUGUUCAUCUUUGUUUUCGGUGCUAGUGGUUUAAAAUGUCCUAUGAUGAAGGCUGUUUGCUUGGUAUGCCUAACUACUGCUUUUUGUUCAGGUCACAUUUUUCAACCCUGUCAUUGAGAGGCGGCCCAAACUGCAGAGACAAAAAAAAAUAUUCUCAAAGCAGCAAGGUAACUCAUCGUUUUCUGAAGGGGAAAAAAAUUAAAUAGGGCCCAAUGUAGAAUACAUUUUGUUUCAUAUUCAGCAGGAAGUCCACACCAAGGUUAUUAUAGUUUUGUUUUUAUAUUCGUUUUUAUUUCUAUUCGUUUUGUAUCUUUUUAUUUUAAAUUCUGUUUAAAUUCAGUUAGUUUUCAGACCUGAUUUGCUAGUUUUAGGGACAGAAAGCAUGCCUGGGAGGCUAGGAGCCAUUUGUGUUGUAAAGUCUUUUUGUUUUUUGGGAUGUCACUUCUUGCAACUAAGGGGCAGUAAUACAAUGUGCAAGUGACGUCUUCAUACUUCCGGGUCCUGUCCCCUAAAUCUUUUGAAUGAGCUUGACGAUUAUAUCAUCAUUUGUGAAAACGUGGUCAUUUUAAUAUAUACAGUGCCUUUGGAAAGUAUUCAGACCCCUUGACUUUUUCAACAUUUUGUUACGUUGCAGCUUUAUUCUAAAAUGGAUUAAAUAAAACAAUUUCCUCAGCAAUCUACACACAAUACCCAUAAUGACAACGCGAAAACACGUUUUUAGAAAUGUUUGCAAAUUCAUACAAAAUAAAAAACAGAUACCUUAUUUACAUAAGUAUUCAGACCCUUUCGCUUCCCGAGUGGCGCAGCGGUCUAAGGCACUGCAUUGCAGUGCUAGGGGCGUCACCAGAUCCCAGGCUGUGUCGCAGCCGGCCGUGACCGGAAACCCAUGAGGCGGCGCACAAUUGGCCGAGCGUCGUCCGGGUUAGGGGAGAGUUUGGCCGGCCAGGAUGUCCUUGUCCCAUCGCGCUCUAGUGACUCCUUGUGGCGGGCCGGGCGCAUGCACGCUGACUUCGGUCGACAGUUGUACGGUGUUUCCUCCGACACAUUGGUGCGGCUGGCUUCCGGAUUAAGCAAGCAGUGUGUCAUGAAGCAGUGCGGCUAGGCAGGGUCGUGAUUUGGAGGACGCAUGGCUCUCGACCUUCGCCUGUCCCGAGUCCGUACGGGAGUUGCAGCGAUGGGACAAGACCGCAACUACCAAUUAGAUAUCACGAAAUUGGGGAGAAAAAGGGGUAAAAAGUACCAAAAUAAAAAAAGUAUUCAGACCCUUUGCAAUGAGACUCAAAAUGUAGCUCCGGUGCAUCCUGUUUCCUUUGAUCAUCCUUGAGGUGGUUCUACAACUUGAUUGGAGUCCACCUGUGGUAAAUUCAAUUGAUUGGACAUGAUUUGGAAGGGCACAUACAUGUCUAUAUAAGGUCCCACUGUUGAUAGUGCAUGUCAGAGCAAAAACCAAGCCAUGAGGUCGAAGGAAUUGUCCGUAGAGCUCCAAGACUGGAUUGUGUCGAGGCACAGAUCUGGGGAAUGGUACCAAAAAAUUUCUGCAACAUUGAAGGUCCCCAAGAACACAGUGGCCUCCAUCAUUCUUAAAUGGAAGAAGUUUGGAACCACCAAGACUCUUCCUAGAGCUGGCUGCCUGGCCAAACUGAGCAAUCAGGGGAGAAGGGCCUUGGUCAGGGAGGUGACCAAGAACCCGAAGGUCAUUCUAACAGAGCUCUAGAGUUCCUAUGUGGAGAUGGGAGAACCUUCCAGAAGAACAACCAUCUCUGCAGCACUCAACCAAUCAGGCCUUUAUGGUAAUGUGGCCAGACGGAAGCCACUCUUCAGUAAAAGGCACAUGACAGCCCGCUUUGAGUUUGCCAAAGGCACCUAAAGGACUCACAGACCAUGAAAACAAGAUUCUCUGGUCUGAUGAAACCAAGAUUGAGCUCUUUGGCCUGAAUGCCAAGCGUCACGUCUGGAGGAAACCUGGCACCAUCCCUACGGUGAAACAUGAUGGUGGCAGCAUCAUGAUGUGGGGAUGUUUUUCACCGGAGACUAGUCAGGAUCGAGUCAAAAAUGAACGGCGCAAAGUACAGAGAUAUCCUUGAUGAAAACCUGCUCUAGAGCACUCAGGACCUCAGACUGGGGCGAAGGUUCACCUUCCAACAGGACAACGACCCUAAGCACACAGACAAGACAACGCAGGAGUGGCUUCAGGACAAGUCUCUGAAUGUCCUUGAGUCGCCCAGCCAGAGCCCGGACUUGAACCCGAUCGAACAUCUCUGGAGAGACCUGAAAAUAGCUGUGCAGCAACGCUCCCCAUUCAACCUGACAGAGCUUGAGAAGAUCUGCAGAGAAGAAUAGGAGAAACUCUCCAAAUACAGGCGUGCCAAGCUUGUAGCGUCAUACCCAAGAAGACUCAAGGCUGUAAUCGCUGCCAAAGGUGCUUCAACAAAGUACUUAGUAAAGGGUCUGAAUACUUAUGUAAAUUUGAUAUUUCCAUUUUUAAAUGUGCAAACAUUUCUAAUAACCAGUUUUUGCUUUGUCAUUAUGGGGUAUUGUGUGUAGAUUGAUGAGGGGAAAAAACGAUUUAAUCAAUUUUAGAAUAAGGCUGUAACGUAACAUAGUGGAAAAAGUCAAGGGGUCUGAAUACUUUCCGAAUGCACUGUUUAUGUCAAAUUAUUUUCAUGUUUGUGGAUUAUUUUACUUCUGCCAGAUGCCUUUUAUUAACGGCCCAGUGCAGUCAAAAACAUGAUUUACAUGAUAUUUUUUCUUCUUUUUGACCAUUUUAAUAGAAAACAAUGUAAGGUAAUUACCCAGAAAUGAUUUGAUAUUGAGAUUAAAAUGGCUACAUUGGACCUUUAAGUUUUUGCGCUGAAGACCAUUCCGCUACAUUUUUGCCCUUUUGAAAACCAUUCAAAAAGCCUACAAAAGUUUUAAAACUACAAGGCUACUUCCUGGUAAAUGACGUCACACAUAAGGACACAACGUUUUGGAACGUUCCGAUUAGAAAUAGCCUAUGUAGAACAAACAUGCCUCUCUGACAUGUAGAAUAAGGAAUCACAUCAGAUUUAUUCAUGGCAUUUCAAUCUGCAAUGUUCGAGAAUGUUUGGCAUCUGAACGUAGCCAAGGUCAGGUCAUAGGUGAGGUGAGGUUUAAAUUAUAAAUUCAAUCUCAAUGUGACUUGGAUUUAAAAGGAAUAACACAGAAACUGGUGCAAAAAAUAUGGUGGAAGGAAGCUCUCUCUCGCCCAUGAGGUAUAGGGGUUUACACCAAUCCAAUGGCUUUUAACUUUAGUUAGUGAUAGUGAAACAUCACCAUCUCCUGGCAGCAUUUACCUGCCAGAUUCAUGAGCUUGAAACCCCCAUUUAAAAAACCCUUUUAGAUUUCUUGCCAAAGCCGAGGGGGGAAAAAACUACAAUUGAACAUAAUUCAUGAUGGUUUUUAUUUUUGUUCGUUUUGGAGUCAAAGCUAAUAGUUUCAGUAUAGUUUUAGUUUUUCAAUCAGGUUUGUUAAUUAUUUUAUAUUAGUUUACUAAAUAGUUUUUUUCAUGAUUAGUUUUAGUUUAGUAUAAUAAUCUUGGCCCACACAGAGAGAAACGUUACAUGUUUUUAUGGAAAAUAUACAUUAAUUUCACGUUAUUCUGACAUCAUACAGUUGUCUUCAGUUUUCGUUGUCCACUUUGGACGGUUUAAUUUGGUCUUCUACACUAAAAAUAGGUAAUCAAAUAGUGGUGAGGUGAUGAUCUCCAUGGUCACCCCCGGUCAUAAGGUCAUGCCCUGUAGGAUUAGUGUUCCUCGUCCGGCUUUGUGACCGGUGUUGAGGUUAGUGUGUCACUUACCUAUCCUGUGUCCCUCCUCAGGGAAGACGUUCCUGCGUGCUCCACAGAUGAACAUCAACAUCGCCACCUGGGGCCGCCUGGUCAGGAGGGCCAUACCUACAGUCAGCACUAACUCCUACAGCCCACAUGUGCCUGAGAUCGGGCCCAGCAGUCUUCCGGGAUCUCCAACACCCACCAGGUAUAUAUAGAACAGGCAUGAACGCACACACACACACACACAGGUCCAUGAGACUGGGCCUGACAACCUGGGCCACACUGUCACAUGCCUUCUUAAAGUCUUUAUCACAUAUGCACACAGUGUGGAAUACAUACAUAUACAGUGCCUUGCAAAAGUAUUCACACCCCUUAGAUUUCUUCACAUUUUAUUAUGUUACAAAGUGGGAUUAAAAUUGAUUUAAUUGUCCUUUUUUGUCAAUAAGCUACAUAAAAUAUUCUGUCAAAGUGGAAAAUAUAUUUAUUUAAAAUCAAUAAAAAAUUAAUAACUCAAAUAUAGUUGUUGCAUAAGUAUUCAGCCCCUUUGUUUAGGGGGCCUAAAUUGGCUCAGGAGUAAGAUUUGGCUUAACAACUCACAUAGUAAGAUACAUGGACAUAAUAUCUGUGUGAAAUAAUAGGGGUUGACCCGUGUGGCUCAGUUGGUAGAGCAUGGCACUUGCAACGCCAGGGUUGUGGGUUCGAUUCCCACGGGGGACCAGUAUGAAAAUGUAUUAACUCACUACUGUAAGCCGCUCUGGAUAAGCGCGUCUGCUAAAUGACUAAAAUGUAAAAAGUAUUGAAUUUCAAGCAAAGAUUAAACUACAAAGACCAGGGAGCUUUUCGAAAGCCUCAUAAAUAAGGGCAGUAAUUGGUAGAUGGGUAACAAUAACAAAUCUGACAUUGAAUAUCUCUAUAAGCAUGGUCAAGUUAAUAAUUAUGCUAUGGAUUAUGUAUUAAAGCACCCAGAAACAUCAAAGAUACAGUCGUCCUUCUGAACUGAGCCGCAGGACAGGAAUGACACUGCUCAGGGAUGUUACCAUGAGGCCAUUGGUGAUUUUAAAACAGAUACAGAGUUCAAUGGCUGUGACGGAAGAAAAUGUUGGAUCAACAACAUUGUAGUGACGCCACAAUAAUGACCUAAAUGACAGAGUGAAAAGAAUAAUACAAAUAUUCCAAAACAUCCAUCUUGUAUGCAACAAGCCACUAAAGUAAUACUGAAAAAUAAAACACUGCAAAGGAAUACACUUUUUGGUCUAAAUGCAAAUACAACAACACUGAGUAACUGCUAUUUUCAACCAUGGUGGUGGCUGCAUCAUGGUAUGGGUAUGCUUGACAUCGGCAAAUACUGGGGACUUUUUCAGGAUUAAAAGAAACAGGAUGAGCUAAGCACAGGCAAAAUCCUAGAGGAAAGCCUGAUUCAGUUUGCUUUAUACCAGAGACUGGGGGAUGGAAUUCACCUUUCAGCAGGACAAUAACCUACAACACAAGGCCAAAUCUACACUGAAGUUGCUUACCAAAAAGACCGAGAAUGUUCCUGAGUGGACAAGUUACAGUUUUUGACUUACAUCUGCUUGAAAAUCUAUUUUGAUAAGAAUAAUGGGCAAAUAUUGCACAAUCCAGGUGUGCAAAGCUCUUAUAGACUUGACUUACCCAAGAAGACUCACAGCUGUAAUCGAUGCCAAAGGUGUUUCUAACAUGUAUUGACUCAGGGAGCUGAAAACUUAUGCAAUGGCUAUAUUUGAGUUAUUACAUUUCUAUUUAUCUUUUCUAAAAAAUUAAAAUGUUCUUCCAAUUUAACCUUAGAGCAUUUUGUGUUGAUUGUUGAUAAAAAAGGACAAAUACAUUUUAAUCCCACUAUGUGAAGAAAUCCAAGGGGUCUGAAUACUUUUGCAAGGCACUGUAUUACUCUGUCAUUAAGAUGUGGCACCUUCCCUUCCAGUGACAUUAGUGACCCGUUGGUGACCAAGCUAGACUUUGACAAAGAGCCCACCCCGGGACCCAAGCACUACCCUGUACCCGCUGGCAUCAGAGAACCACUGGCACAGGACAACAAACUGCCCGACAAGGAGGAAGUACAGGUACAGACAUGGGGUUACCAUGGAGAUGCUCGAUUAGAGGAAGUAGUGACAUAUAGUCAUAUAUGAUAAUGGUAAUGGUCAACCCAGUUCAAGUGAAUUAAAACAUUAAACAACUGUCAAUGGAAACCUGAGUCAUGUUCAGUCAAAUAAAAUACCAUUUUUUAAAUGAGGAUGUACUGAACCUGAACAUUUUCCGUUGCAUAACAUUUUGCUACAGUUUGCCAUACUGAACACAACCCCACUGCCGCAUCCUCCUAAGAAGUGUUCUCCCUUCACAGGAUGCACUGGCAUCGUUUGACUUCCUGAACAAGAGGAACAGCAUAGCGGUGAAGUCGUCUGAGCUAGAUAGACUAGACAAUGUAGUAGAGCAGGAGAUCCAGCCUCCAGACCUGGAGCUCACAGCCAUACAGAAUGACACAGAGAUAAGGUAGGGCUCACUAACAAAGUGCAUGUUUGAGAGAUUGACUACAUUGCAGUUGAACUAAUCUACAAAUCACCUUGCAUCCCAAAUAACUACUCAGUAUGUGAUCAAGAUCAGCGAUUCUGUGCCCCUUAAACUGGUCCUCUCAAAUAGGCUGAAUAUCUGCGACUCCAAUACUGUUUGGGGAGAUUUUGUGGAGAAACUCGGAUGCAUGCAUGACUUGCUUUUAACCAAUUUUUGUUUUUGUUUGAUUGGUUACAAUUAAUGUAUUGGGGGCAGUGUAUUUUGCCCAGCUUGCAUGAGAAAGUGCGUGUUUGUUUUUUUGCUUAUUGAAAGCAAUAGCUUGUCUUUGUAUUUUUCCAUGUAAUAUGAUAUCUACCUCAAUUUCCAGGGAAGAAGAACAAUUUCUGUUUAGUCUCAAAGACUUCAAAUGUGUUGCAGUCCUCGGUCGUGGUCAUUUCGGAAAGGUACAUAGUACACACCCAACCCAUUUCUCAAUCCUUUUUACAACCCUUCUAGAGAAAUUAGCUGUUUCUGGAAAACACAACCCAGCCAUCCUAAAAUGUCUCCUCUCUUCCCUCAAUCCACACAGGUAUUGUUAGCCGAGUAUAAAAGCACGGGAGAGAUGUUUGCCAUCAAAGCCCUGAAGAAAGGAGACAUUGUGGCUCGUGAUGAGGUGGACAGGUAAGGGGCUCAACAUGUGCACUUAAACCAAUUAGGCCUGAUGCUGAUGUCUUUUUAACUGUUUGUUUGCUGAGCGUGUUAUUCAGUUCAGAGUUGACUACGGCUUUCGGUUUUGUACAUCACCUUCAAACAGCCGAAAAUAUGAUAUUACAUGCUCUCAGACAGAUAGUGUGAUUAGUAGUAAUAUAAUUGUUAUGAUGAGUUUCUGGUAUUGAGAAGUUGAAGAUGCAAGAAUUUACUUAGACAUUCUGUGGAGAUUUUAUACCAAGUAUUUAUUGGAUCACGAGCUUGUGGGUUCAUCUAACAAACAGACAUGGCUUUGCCCUUCGUCAGUUGAACUAACUUGAACAAAGGAAACACUCUACCUUAUAUACCUUCUAUUCCCCUCUUCCUGGCAUACAUCUGGUAAGUUUCCAUGGGCACUCCCUGUCUUUGAUGUUCAUCACUCUUUACCCCAAGUCACUAUCCUGCCCAUCACUCAUGCUAUCCUAAACAUCACUAAUCUACCUUGACAUAAUGGAAUGUAGACUUCAUGACCCAAAACCACUUAUCUUGUAACUCUACCUCUGUCCUCACAAUACUAUGACAUGACAUCAUUACAAUCAUUUUUUUUUUCUUUUGUGGUAAGUGACAUGACUUAACCCCAACAAUUCACAUAUAACUUUAUAUAAAAUACAAUAUUCUCCAAUCAGUAGUACGUAUAUCUCUGACUAGAUCCUAAACUAUACUAGAUAACUGAGAAUUGAUCCCUUCAACCUUUCAUACCCGAAUCCAACUUGAUUCUCCAUUUAUUUAAUCAACAAAGGUAUAAAUUCUCAGUCAUCUAUCUUAUGUGAUAUCAAACCUCUCAAACCUCUAUAAACUCAGUCUGAGUAAAAGAUAAACACAUAAUUAACUACUAUAUAUUCAUGCUAAUAAUCUAUGUAGUCAAAACCUUAUUGUUUAUAUAUAAGGAAAAAUCCCACAUAGACAUCCCCCCUUUUAAAAUGACCCCUUUUUCUGAGCCAUGCAACCAAGAAAACAUACAUAGAAAUAAAUUGUUAACAUAAUGACAUCAACAAUACACAACAAUUAUACAUAACCAUUACUAAGUCACAUGAAUAUUAUAAUCUAUACACAUUAAUAUAAAAAUAACAAAAACGUCCGUCUUCAUAAUUUCUGUGCCCAAGUUUUUCCCUGGUCACAAGGGGCUCUAUCUGAUCCACUGAGAUAUUAAUCUGUCCACAUCUACUAUCCUGUAAACCUUAAAUUCCAUGUUAUACAUUUCCACCUUAACAUUCCUUGUCCUCAAUCAACAUUAUCAAUGGAAUCUAAACUGGAACAAGAUGACAAAGAAGAAGAAUUAGUCCUCGCCCUCCUUGUAUUAACAUUAACUGAUACAUCUCUAACUGUAAUCACAUGCAUGUUAGUAAUCGUUUGUACAGAUCUUACAAUCCAUCCCCGAAAAAUUUGAAAACAACACCCCAUAACUAUUGCUACAAUAAUUACUAUGGCCACUAGAGGACCUAGAAUGCUUGCCAUCUAUGUUCCUAUUGAAUUACCACUAAAAAAAAACGUUGAAAAGACUUCAACAGCAUUCAAAUUACCAUAUCCCCAUAUUCUUAAUACAAUAUGCAAAUAUACCAAUAAAUCCUCAUACCAUCAAUACUACCCCCUUUUUUGAACACAUGAGUCACAACGUGAUUCAUGCUUUCAAAAACAAAACACCAACAUUGUUUAUUAAACCCUAAUAAAAAUUAAAUUAAAAUGACAACAUUGGAUAAUACCUCAACUUACUUCUAUCCCGUAAAGUAAUCCAAGAUUAGUACACUUAACUAGCAACAAAUAUCCCUCAUUCAGGAUAGCUCCCUCUCUUUUUAGUUAUUUUAUGGUAGGAUUCAUAUAUAUUAUUACCAAAUUAUAAACUUCUUCACAAUUAUCCUUAUCAUAACUAACCCCCAAUUCAGCAUGCCUCAAGGAUUUACAGUGCGGGUGAUCAAGUCACACUAUAAAGCCAGGACAGAUUGCAGAGGUCAUUGAAAUCAUUCAAUGAAUUGUUCCAUCCAAUAGUAUACUAAACAUUACCAACAUUCAAAACCUUUCAUAAAUGUUAUGUACCCCAAGUGUACAUUAAAUCCUCAUGACAUUUAUUCUCAUAAGAAAUCAUGUAUACCCAAAACUCAGUCAAAAAAUUAAAAAACUUCAUAAAAUUCACUGUGUGUGCUCCUUUAAGACAUAUCACCUUUGACCUGUUGAAACUCCUAACACUCAAAAUAACAACCCUUUAUAAACAUCAUACUAGGUGUGUUGUGUUUUUAUUUGAAAAACCCAUUUGGAAAACAAAAAAAAACCAGGCCAGGCCUUAUUUAAUUUGUUAGCUCCCUAUUACAACCUAAAAAUAAGACUAAUUAAUUUUACUAACUAGUCCACCCUAGCCCUGGGCAAUAUUCCAAUGAGAUAAAGAAAUCCCCUUUCUCCUGGAAUAGAAAGUAUACAUGUCGUUAACAUAUAAUCAACAAUCCAAAGAUAGUAAUUACACACAAAACCUGCUACAUAUAUCCACAGUCCUCUAUCAUCAAUAAUCAUUUGUAUCAAUCUAACUCCUCAUAACUACUCCAUAAAAAUAUUAUAUAAAACCUCCCCAAAAAAAAUUUACCACUCAAAAUUCCUCUGAGUUUACAAUGAUUAUGUUGAAUUGAUUACCCUUCAGAUCAUAUCCUCUUUAAAUCUCACCAUGAUUAUUGAACCCCUACAUCUGCUCCUUUUGAUUCCAUAUCAACUAAUCCAUUAUCGUUUACUUUAUCAGCAACCUAGGAAAUAUCAGUUUCCCCUUUUAUUAUUCCUAACUUCCCUCUAAAUGUCAAAUUUCAUACAUUAUCCAAUACAACCACGUACUCCUCCUAAGUAAGACUAGAUAUCUUAUCCCCUGAAUCGAUUUAAAAAUUGUUUGAUACGUUGUCUCCUACUUUACCCUUAACAUAAUACUAUAGGAGACUUCCAUCAAUCCUGGAAGAAAUAAAAAACGCCCCCUCACAAAACACUGGAUAAUACCACGUUUAUUAAGUUAACUACACCUUCUACUAUAAACCUAUAACCCCUUUCUAGUAAUUGUAUCAUCGCUAACUGUUGCAUUGAUGUUUUAAAUAUAAACGUAUUGUUUCAUAAUCCAAAACCCACAAAAAGAUGUCUCCUUAAUCCAUCAGGCCAACAGCAACAACUAUCUCCCAUCGUUCAACGUACUAUAAACAGAUUAUCGUUAUCAGAAGUAAUGAACCGUCGUCAUAACUCACCGCUGUUUAAACAAACUAUAUAAUGUCAUAAUAAAAUGAUCAAUUAUCAAAUAUUGUUCCUUAUUCAACUAUCUAAACAUGUUCUUCAUUAGUAAAUCGUCUCCACAAAGCAAUACUACCUAAUAACAUAUUCUCAUUCACCUAAAUAUAAAUAAUUACUUCUAUUAAACAAUCCCAUUCAACAUCAAGUCAACCUGUCUCAUCACCCAAUUAACUUACUUACUUUUUAAACCCUCUACAAUAUCUAUCAUACUCUACCGCUAAUUUUCCUUAUAACGGUACCUCAACAGAUGACAAAUUACUGUGAAGUUAUAGUCAAAACAAAUAAAACAUCCAAUUCAAAGCUAUGCAACUUUAAUUACUAUGUUAUACUAUUUGUUGGUAAGACGAUCCCUUUCACAAAAUGUUUAUCAUGUCACCUAUUAAUCUAUGUCAAUAUCCACAAUGUAAAAGUUUUGCUUUCUAUCCCUCUCUGGGUUUGAACCAGGGACCCUCUACACAUAUCGACAACAUUCACCAUCGACACACCAUACAAAAUCCGCGAUCCUUGCAAAGCAACUACUUCCAGUUCAUAGAGCAAGUGACGUCACCUAAUGAAAACCGCACUAGCUCUCACCGCUAACUAGCUAGCCAUUUCACACCGAUAACAUUCAACCCCCUAUGAUUUCCUUCUCCACAGCAACCAUUGACCUUGUACACCUAACGUAACCCAUAAUGUCUCUUACAGCGCUCUCACGUUUCAGCAAGCCCCAAUGGUUAACACCCGCAGACAAAAACAUGGACAUUCUUCCAUGUUUUACUAGUAGACAAAUUAACACACUCUCAAACAGCGUUCUACAUUAACCUCUAUCAUAGGGUUUAAAAACUAACGUAACAACAUUAACCAUCCUAAAUUGCUAUAGUAACGUCAUGAACAGUGGGGGAAAAAAGUAUUUAGUCAGCCACCAAUUGUGCAAGUUCUCCCACUUAAAAAGAUGAGAGAGGCCUGUAAUUUUCAUCAUAGGUACACGUCAACUAUGACAGACAAAAUGAGGGGAAAAAAUCCAGAAAAUCACAUUGUAGGAUUUUUAAUGAAUUUAUUUGCAAAUUAUGGUGGAAAAUAAGUAUUUGGUCAAUAACAAAAGUUUCUCAAUACACAGGUCAAACGUUUUCUGUAAGUCUUCACAAGGUUUUCACACACUGUUGCUGGUAUUUUGGCCCAUUCCUCCAUGCAGAUCUCCUCUAGAGCAGUGAUGUUUUGGGGCUGUCGCUGGGCAACACGGACUUUCAACUCCCUCCAAAGAUUUUCUAUGGGGUUGAGAUCUGGAGACUGGCUAGGCCACUCCAGGACCUUGAAAUGCUUCUUACGAAGCCACUCCUUUGUUGCCCGGGCGGUGUGUUUGGGAUCAUUGUCAUGCUGAAAGACCCAGCCACGUUUCAUCUUCAAUGCCCUUGCUGAUGGAAAGAGGUUUUCACUCAAAAUCUCACGAUACAUGGCCCCAUUCAUUCUUUCCUUUACACGGAUCAGUCGUCCUUGUCCCUUUGCAGAAAAACAGCCCCAAAGCAUGAUGUUUCCACCCCCAUGCUUCACAGUAGGUAUGGUGUUCUUUGGAUGCAACUCAGCAUUCUUUGUCCUCCAAACACGACGAGUUGAGUUUUUACCAAAAAGUUAUAUUUUGGUUUCAUCUGACCAUAUGACAUUCUCCCAAUCCUCUUCUGGAUCAUCCAAAUGCACUCUAGCAAACUUCAGACGGGCCUGGACAUGUACUGGCUUAAGCAGGGGGACACGUCUUGCACUGCAGGAUUUGAGUCCCUGGCGGCGUAGUGUGUUACUGAUGGUAGGCUUUGUUACUUUGGUCCCAGCUCUCUGCAGGUCAUUCACUAGGUCCCACCGUGUUUUUCUGGGAUUUUUGUGAUCAUUUUGACCCCACGGGGUGAGAUCUUGCGUGGAGCCCCAGAUCGAGGGAGAUUAUCAGUGGUCUUGUAUGUCUUCCAUUUCCUAAUAAUUGCUCCCACAGUUGAUUUCUUCAGACCAAGCUGCUUACCUAUUGCAGAUUCAGUCUUCCCAGCCUGGUGCAGGUCUACAAUUUUGUUUCUGGUGUCCUUUGACAGCUCUUUGGUCUUGGCCAUAGUGGAGUUUGGAGUGUGACUGUUUUUGAGGUUGUGGACAGGUGUCUUUUAUACUGAUAACAAGUUCAAACAGGUGCCAUUAAUACAGGUAACGAGUGGAGGACAGAGGAGCCUCUUAAAGAAGAAGUUACAGGUCUGUGAGAGCCAGAAAUCUUGCUUGUUUGUAGGUGACCAAAUACUUAUUUUCCACCAUAAUUUGCAAAUAAAUUCAUUAAAAAAUCCUACAAUGUGAUUUUCUGGAGAAAAAAAUUCUCAAUUUGUCUGUCAUAGUUGACGUGUACCUAUGAUGAAAAUUACAGGCCUCUCUCAUCUUUUUAAGUGGGAGAACUUGCACAAUUGGUGGCUGACUAAAUACUUUUUUCCCCCACUGUAUGUUCAGUUUAUUUAUUACGAUAGUAUGUCCAUAAUACUUCUUACAAAGCUCCAUUAUCCCUAGUUUAAAAAAUAUAUAUUUCUAUAAUUGUCUUAGUUCCCUUGCUUCACUUCCCAUGAAUAUAAGACAUUCGCUUUUCUGUGCGUCCUAAACUACAUUCAAUUUCCCUGUAAUCAACUAAGAUCAUAGCCACACAAUGAAACCAUCACUCCGCCUUUAUCAGAAUGAAUGAGAUCUAGUCAACUAUCCUUUCUAAGUAGGCUACAAGUAACACCAAACACUUGCUGUAGUUUACCAUCAUAUAUUGAAAUUAUCCAUUUAUCACGAUCCAAUUUAUUUAUAGACAUAUUCCACCAUUCUCACUCGUUUAAUCUAGCAAAACCACUACCACGCACUCUUCUCUCCAUACCCGUUAACAUUUUUACAUUUUAGUCAUUUAGCAGACACUCCUAUCCCGAGCGACCCACAAUUAGUGAGCUCAUACAUUUUUUAUACUUACACUAGCCCCCCUUGGGAAUCUAACACACAACCCUGGCAUUGCAAGCACCAUUCUCCACUAACCGAGCUACAAGAGUCCUGCUAUUUAAACCACACACGCUUCAAAUCAUACAUUCAACAUCACCAAACCAAAUACUCUGUCGUACCCAUUCAAUCAACAACACAUCAGCAGUGAAAUGUACACUCAUAAAUGCAGAUUGUUACUCCAUGCCAUUUAAAUGAUAAAUAAAUUCCACAAAUAGCGCCAUUACAAUGAUUUCUCAUCUUACCCUCUGAUACAAAAUGAAGUUCCAUCACUUUACUACGUUAGCUCUACCAUGAUAAUUAGUUCAAUUGAACCCUAUAUUGGCUUUGUACUAUAUUAUACAUUACGUCUAAAACAACAUUACUUAUGGUCAGUUUAUUCCACUAUCACAUGAUCCAACAACGGUAUAAACUUAGUAAAACCCAUAUUAAUUACUUUCCCACCCAUUACGUACGUCUACGUUUGGGUGAGCAAGUUUAAUACAGACAUGGCACUCUAAUUAUGAUUUUGUCAUUACCAUUUCCAAAUCGUCAUAACUCCUUAUAGAACAUUAUAAACUUCUAGUUACUGACCUCAAAUAAGCCCUUCGUAGUGUUUUUAACCAUUCUUAAUCGACCCAAAUCUCUACAAACAUUUUCCCAGCGGAACCAAAAAAAAAAAAAGAAAUAGACUGUAAUUUCCCGGACACUGCUCUGCCUGUCCAGAAAAUAUAGCCUAAAUUGCUCUCUAAAUUAACGUCAAUCUCCAUGCCACACCUUGCAUGCAAUAUUAGUAAUUAAAUACUUUACAUAAAAUCCCCAUCUGUAUUAAAAUGUCAUUUGCUUAUUUCUGCCAUUUUGGUGCUAGUAUUCAAUAUGUUACAUUACAUUGGCUCCAUCUCCUGGCCAUUUUGAGUAAUUCAUCCACAGGACUUAUUGUCACAGGGCUUGUAUAACACGGUUGAGGCCUUGAACCUCUUCCCGACUAACACUGUAUGAUGAUUCUUUCGCACCAAAGUAUUUUAUAAACUUUAUGAUGAUUCUUUCACAUCAAAGGCCUUAAACCUAUUUUAUGAACUUUAUGAUGAUUCUUUCACAUCAAAGGCCUCGAACCUAUACCAAGGAUUCUAUUUUAUAAUGUCGUACACUGCAUAAUCUCGUCAUGUUGAGGACUUGAACCUCUGACCUUUCUACGUUCGUCUACCAAGGACGUUUAUCUCUGAGGACUCGAACCUCGCAUCUUUCUACGUUCGUCUACCAAAGACGUUUAUCGCUGAGGACUCGAACCUCGCAUCUUAAAGAUGUCUAUCCUGUCGUCACGGGACUGACAUAACCCAUCUAUCUUACUUUAGGACACAAAUCUAACUUAUCAUAAUAAAAGAGCCUACACCCAAUGUUGUUAAAACCCAUUCUACUACUUCUGUUUUGUGUUUGGUCCUUUACUCAGACCAAACUCUGUUUAGAAUAAUAGCACCCUAUUAUCGUCAAAUUUAAUUAACUCCUUACAUCUCAUUACAUAACUCAAUACAACUCAUCGCCCCCUUUAAAAAUAUUGAAUUUUAAACGUUCAUUACAGUUCAGCUUUACCACAGAUAAGCAGAUUUCGACAUAAUCAAAAAAAUGAAAGUCUGCUUACCUGUUAGUUGAGCUGUAGACUGUAUCCUGUUCGUGAAGACGCCAAUCUGUUAUGAUGAGUUUCUGGUAUUGAGAAGUUCAAGAUGCAAGAAUUUACUUAGACAUUCUGUGGAGUUUUUAUACCAAGUAUUUAUUGGAUCACGAGCUCGUGGGUUCAUCUAACAAACAGACAUGGCUUUGCCCUUCGUCAGUUGAACUAACUUGAACAAAGGAAACACUCUACCUUAUAUACCUUCUAUUCCCCUCUUCCUGGCAUACAUCUGGUAAGUUUCCAUGGGCACUCCCAGUCUUUGAUGUUCAUCACUCUUUACCCCAAGUCACUAUCCUGCCCAUCACUCAUGCUAUCCUAAACAUCACUAAUCUACCUUGACAUAAUGGAAUGUAGACUUCAUGACCCCAAACCACUUAUCUCGUAACUCUACCUCUGUCCUCACAAUACUAUGACAUGACAUCAUUACAAUAAUGAUCAGUAGUAAUCAAUAGGGUUAAAGUACAGUUUUGUCUGUCCACGAAGAGUAGGUAUAAAUGUAAAGUUGAAGGCUCAUAAAGGCAUUGCGUGAUUUUUUUUAUGGAUAGUCGGAUGUACAGUAUGUUUCCUUGUGUUACUACAUACAGGACCCUAAGGUAUUUUUUAACAGCCUUCAAAGAAUGUCAGAAAUUCAAUGCGUCCUCACAAAUAUAUUAGAAUUUUAGCAACCAUGUAGUCGCAGAGUGAUUUCUACAUAUUGCUCCUAUAACAGUUUGUUGUUUUCCACCUGGGGAUAUUAGCUUAGCUUUCUAACUACGAGUUUGGGCUGAUUUCUUUUCUGGUCCUCUGUAGCUCAGUUGGUAGAGCAUGGCUCUUUCAACGCCAGGAUAGUGGGUUCGAUUCCUGGGUGCACCUAAACGUAACAAAUGUAUGCACACAUGACUGUAGGUCGCUUUGGAUAAAAGCGUAUUAUAUAUUUUCAUUUCAGGAAUUGAUUUACACGUGGGAUUUGAGUAGCAUUGCAUUCCUUUUGUAAUCUAAGAAGAGCCUUGCUCAGGUAUCAGGGGCUUACAUCUUUGUUUCUCUGUCUUCCCCCACUAGUCUGAUGUGUGAGAAACGUAUCUUUGAGACGGUGAACAGCGUGCGCCAUCCGUUCCUGGUCAACCUCUUCGCCUGCUUCCAGACGCAGGAGCACGUGUGCUUCGUCAUGGAGUACGCAGCCGGAGGAGAUCUGAUGAUGCACAUCCACGCUGACGUCUUCUCCGAGCCCAGGGCCAUGUGAGUGACACCAGGGUCCUUUUCAUUUACAUUUUAGUAAUUUAGCAGAUGCUCUUUUUCAGAGCGACUUACAGGAGCAAUUAGGGUUCAGUGCCUUGCUCAAGGGCACAUUGUCAGAUUUUUCACCUAGUUGGUCUUUAACCUUUUGGUUACUGGCCCGACGCUCUUAACCGCUUGGCUACCUGCCGCCCUGUUCAUUAGGCAGAAAACGUUUUGAUGCAGUGCGAAACAGGGAGGAACUACCUGGAUUUGUUCAAUAAGAACACAGAUUUUCGUUUUCCUUUUGCAAAGGUUUUUGCUACAGUGUGCCCUACUCAAUAUACAAAUAUUAUGCAAAGCAAGCCAUAAAAUCAUGACUUGCAUUUGUAAAAAAUAAUACAAAAUGCAGUCUAUUAUUUUUUUUGUGGUAUAAAGGCUCACUUGCUUUGUGAGCACUGACGCUUUUGCUACUGCAUAGAUUAUUUUCAGGAGCCCCCUCACCAAUAAUACUGGUGCAAUUGGCUUUGAGUGUCUUAAGUGCUCACCUCCAUAUCCAGUGUCUUGUAUUCACUUGUAACCUACAUCAUAUUAGAAAGUGGAUUCUCUCCUCCAACUAAUCCAGCUAUUGUUUUUUUUCUUCUCUUUCGUAGAUUUUAUGCCGCUUGUGUCGUAUUGGGAUUACAGUUUUUACAUGAACAUAAGAUUGUGUACAGGUAAGCAUAAUUCCAUUCACUGGAUGAAUAUAUGCUCAGAUAUAACAUAAAUUGAUGGUGAUACUCGUGCUUCUACAUCUGCAUUGCUUGCUGUUUGGGGUUUUAGGCUGGGUUUCUGUAUAGUACUUUGUGACAUCUGCUGAUGUAAAAAGGGCUUUAUAAAUAACAUUUGAUUGAUUGAUUUUGUUUUACUUUCAGAGAUCUGAAGCUUGACAAUCUGCUCUUGGACACUGAGGGCUAUGUAAAAAUCGCUGACUUUGGCCUUUGCAAAGAGGGUAAGUGGGACAAAACAACCUCAACUUAAUGUCACUUUUCCAACACCAUUGAAUGUAAAAUAAAUGUAUAAUAACCUAAAUCUGACUCAGUCAAAACCUUAACUCUAUCUAAGGUCUCUGCUGAUCUGAAACUUAUGUGGGUGUCAAAUGUACAUACCUGAUGCCUCCCGAGUGGCACAGCGGUCUAAGGCACUGCAUCGCAGUGCUUGAGGCGUCACUACAGAUCCGGGUUCGAUCCCGGGCUGUGUCGCAGCCGGCCGCGACCAGGAGACCCAUGAGGCGGCGCACAAUUGGCCCAGCGUCGUCCGGGUUAGGGGAGGGUUUGGCCGGCUGGGAUGUCCUUGUCCCAUCUCGCUCUAGCGACUCCUUGUGGCGGCCGGGUGCGUGCACACUGACUUCGGUCGCCAGCUGUACGGUGUUUCCUCUGACACAUUGGUGCGACUGGCUUCCGGGUUAAGCGAACAGUGUGUCAAGAAGCAGUGCGGCUUGGCGAGGUGGUGUUUCGGAGGACGCAUGGCUCUCGACCUUCGCCUCUCCUGAGUCCGUACGGGAGUUACAGCAAUGGGACAAGACUGUAACUACCAAUUGGAUAUCACGAAAAAGGGGUAGAAAAGUACCCCAAAAUAUAUAUUAUAAUAAUAAUGUACAUGUCUGGGUGUAAAGUUUCUGUAUUAAACAUGUGUCAUGGUUAUGUGUAUUCUGUCAGGAAUGGGGUUCAGGGACCGCACCAGUACGUUCUGUGGCACGCCAGAGUUCCUGGCCCCCGAGGUUCUGACGGAGACGUCGUACACGCGUGCCGUGGACUGGUGGGGUCUGGGGGUCCUCAUCUUUGAGAUGCUUGUUGGAGAGGUUAGUUGGUCUCACCUUCUCACCUGUCAUAUGGAUACCUACUCAGUGUUAUGACUGGUCAGUACUUUGUCAGCUCUGAGAACAGAAUAUUUUAGAAUAUUGGCAUUGAAAUGACAAGAUUAUAAUAUUUGUCAUGACCUUUCUAACAUUAUAUACAUAGACGGUCUGGUCAGUACAUUCCAUGUAAAAAACUAUUAUAUAUCAUUGAUUGUAUGUGAAAAAAUCUUUUUUGGCCCGCCCCACAGUCUCCCUUCCCUGGAGAUGAUGAAGAGGAGGUGUUUGACAGCAUCGUCAACGAUGAAGUCCGCUACCCAAGGUUCCUCUCAACGGAGGCUAUCUCCAUCAUGAGAAGGGUGGGUUCUGGAUCCCUUAAUAAACUAACCUCAAAUUGCGUCAUUGAAUUACAGCUUGGAUGUUUAUUCUGCUUUGUUAUGCUCUUUUUGGUUGUAGCUUUUGAGGAGGAGUCCAGAAAGACGUCUGGGGGCAGGAGAGCGAGACGCAGAAGAAGUAAAAAAACAUCUGUUCUUCAGAGUAAGGAAAGAAUGUUCUACUUUCUCAUAUUUAAUACCUAGGUGUCUGGUUAGACCGUAAACUCUCCUUCCAGACUCACAUUAAGCAUCUCCAAUCCAAAGUUACAUCUAGAAUCGGCUUCCUAUUUCGCAACAAAGCCUCCUUCACUCAUGCUGCCAAACAUGCCUUCGUAUAACUGACUAUCCUACCGAUCCUUGACUUCGGCGAUGUCAUUUACAAAAUAGCCUCCAACACUCUACUCAGGAAAUUGGAUGUAGUUUAUCACAGUGCCAUCCGUUUUGUCACCAAAGCCCCAUAUACUACCCACCAUUGUGACCUGUACGCUCUCGUUGGCUGGCCCUCACUACAUAUUCGUCGCCAAACCCACUGGCUCCAGGUCAUCUAUAAAUCACUGCUAGGCAAAUCCCCGCCUUAUCUUAGCUCAUUGGUCACCAUAGCAACACCCACCUGUAGUAUGCGCUCCAGCAGGUAUAUCUCACUGGUCAUCCCCAAAGCCAACACCUCCUUUGGCCACCAUUCCUUCCAGUUCUCUGCUGCUAAUGACUGGAACGAACUGCAAAAAUCUCUGAAGCUGGAGACUCUUAUCUCCCUCACUAACUUUAAGCAUCAGUUGUCAGAGCAGCUUACCGAUCACUGCACCUGUACACAGCCCAUCUGUAAUUAGCCCACCCAACAACCUCAUCCCCAUAAUGUUAUUUAUUUUGCUCAUUUGCACCCCAGUAUCUCUAUUUGCACAUCUUCUUCUGCACAUCUAUCACUCCAGUGUUAAAACUAAAUUGUAAUUAUUUUGCACUAUGGCCUAUUUAUUGCCUUACCUCCAUAACUUACACACACACCGUAUAUAGAUUUUCUAUUGUGUUAUUGACUGUACGUUUUGUUUAUCCCAUGUGUAACUCUGUGUUGUUGUUGUUUUUAUCGCACUGCUUUGCUUUAUCUUGGCCAGGUCGCAGUUAUAAAUGAGAACUUGUUCUCAACUGGCUUACCUGGUUAAAUAAAGGUUAAAUAAAAAAAUAAAAAAAUUUUAAAAAACAACACAGCCACAAUUUUAGGCAAUGUGGAUACCACAAAAUUACAUAUGUAGGCUCCUGUUCAUUAGACUUGCCUAAUCUCGGUUAUUGACGCAAACGGGUUUUUCUCAUGAGGUAGAUGAUACAGGACAAGUCUGUCCUGAGAGUUGACAUAAAUUCACUAUUUCCUCACCCAUUUUCUCUCUCCCCCCCAGAAUAUGGAUUGGAACGGACUACUGGCCAAGAAGGUUAAGCCUCCGUUCGUCCCGAUCAUCCAGGACUCCAACGAUGUCAGCAACUUCGAUGACGAAUUUACCUCAGAAGCGCCCAUCCUGACCCCGCCCAGAGAACCUAGGGCGCUCAGCGGGGACGAGCAGGACAUGUUCUCUGACUUUGACUACAUCGCAGACUGGUGUUAG